UGGUGCUGAAAUUAUUUGCCUAGUCACCACCAGUCUUCAAUAAACAUGGCAAAAAAUGUGAAUUAGUUUAAUUGGAUGUAGGGUUUCAAAGAGUUAGUUUAAGGGUUAUAACCAAAUUUAACUUGGACACAUUGGCGGAGGCCGACUACAUUUCAGUUCAGUUCACUUACAUUCAACAGUUGACAGUUAGGACUGUGCACACGCGGAGUGAUACACUACAUUUCUUCACUUUAAUCGUCCAUAUAUUUAUUAAAACACCACUACAGAUGAGAGGACGAACUUCUGCAGCGGUACACCAAACUAUUUAUACGAGCUAUGUUUACGCCUCUCAUCUGUUCACCGCCUCAGUUGACUGAACCGGAAGACUAGUUCCCUGGGAAAUGUAUUCAUGACAUCAUUUCUCCCCACCAGUGCUCAAAGCAGGAGGGUCAAUAAUGUGACUACACUACCCAUAAUGCACCGCGUUGUUGUUACCGACCCCAUCUUGUGUCCUCCUCAUGAAUAUAUAUCAGUCAGUAUUUGCGUAGGAGGUCGGCCGACGUUCAUUUCAUAUUCCAGCGCUGUAUUUUGCUCUAAAUGGGACGCACAGUCACGUCUCCGCCCUGAUAUGUCCCCGCGCGCCCAGCCUCUUCCCAGCGAACUGUAUCGGUAAAAUGCUUUUUUUCAACUGGAGAAGCGGAGGAGACUCCGAGGGGGAAAGGAAGGCAAGAAGUGGAUGACUACUAGUGGAAUAAGUCGGCAACACCGCCCAGCUGGCGGACAUUUACCACGGUGGGCACGUAUUCAGGCUUUUAAAUGUAGAGGUUGUAGGUGUAACCAAGUGCGCACCGUUAUUUAUUUAGAGUGGAGGACUUUUCAUUGGCAGAGAGAUGGAAAGUGUGCAGGCUGCUGCUGAUGAUGGCGCGUCGGAUGGAGGCGCGACCAAGUUAAUGAAGAAGCCCAACGGACUGUCUGUCGCCCGGGGGACUCCGGCGGAUGAUGGCGGUGGACAUUUGGCACCCUCCCGCGUAGAGGCAAAGAACGGGAAUAGCCUCUCUCAUUCCUCCUCUACAACGGGAUCAAGUGCGUCAAACCGAACUGUGGCGUCUAAUGGCCGGGGCUCUUCCAACAACUCCAGCUCCCUCCUGUUGAGACGGAGGCGAUUGAAGAGGAACCUCUCCGCCGCCGCAGCUGCAGCCACCGCCACCUCAGCUGUCACCGCCGCCUGCGGCGCCAAGAUGAACUCGGCCCUGUCCUCUGCGUCUUUACAUACUCGAAGUCUGGAUCGAAAGACUCUGCUCAAGCACCGACAGAACAUGCAGCUGCAGCCCGCAGACCGCGAGUGGGUGAGAGCAGAUCUCCACCGGGGCUCCGUGCAUGUUCACUCUAGACUGACGCCCUCAUAUCCCAGACCGGUUCUUUGCACUCUGGAUACCACAGCAGGCGAGGUGGCUCUCCGUCUGAGCAAACUCUGCAGUAAGUCGAGCUCCGUUAUGCGCAUUUUUUCUAAAGAUAACCCCAAGACUGAUCAAAAUGGCAACUGCAAUGUGAAGUAUGAAUAUAAUGAUAACCACUGCAAGGUGAAUGAAGACUCCAGUAUAAAAUGCAACCACCUGAAUCCCCUGGAAUCCACAGAAUUGAGGGGCCAUCCGAGUGACAGGUUGAGGCUGCUGCUCAUGGAGAAUGCAGAUGAGAGGCAAAAGCAACAGGACGUUGAUGGAAAACUUUUCAGCCCUGAAUCAGAAUCACAGGACAAUAUAACUUGUUCACUGUCAGAUUUGAACUCUAACUCUAACAUUGAUACCCCCAAUGAUGAUGACUCAGAGCACAGGAACGGUAUGGACAGCUAUGGAUUAAAUUCUGGCUCUGAUGUGGAAAGCAGUGCUUUUGAUGACUUGAGCUCUGGGGCCCGGCUCAGCGAGCACAGGGACUCCCUCAGUGAUGACAUGGUCCUGGGAACAGAGGCCUCUAUCCUCAGCCCCUCGUUUGACAGUGCCACAGAGGGCCACGACAUGUAUGGCAGCUCCUCAGACGAACUGGAGCUUGACUGUCCUGUGUCCAGCACGAACAUGGACCCCAUUUCUGAACAUCACACCAAUGGGAUCAGUGCUGUCACUGCCAACUACAAGCACUGCAACAUAGAGCAUAUAAACAACAUGACAAACAAUAUGGGGUCUGAUAGUAGACUCAACCCGCACAGUCUGGGCAGCCUGCCACCCAGCAGCAGUGCCGGCUCAUUGUCAAGAGCCUGUUCUACAGGUAAUACACCUGACAUCCAAGAUCCGGACUGUGGCCAGAGUGCUGUAAAAUCAGGGCUGACAGCAGAUCUCAAUGGAGAUUCCUGUGAUUCCAGCCCAACGCUGUAUGUUCAGCUGCAUGGUGAAGCUGUCAGGAGGCUUAGCCCAGAUGAGAGGCCUCUGCAGAUUCAGAAUGACUUUCUAUUUAAGCUUGGAUUUAAGGACCCGUGGAGAGUUCAAGAGGAAGGGCUCAACACAGAAAUUGGCUCUUUGUUACGUUUUUAUGCAGGUAAGUUCAUCCAGGUGUGAUUAUAUUCUCUUGUGAUGAAGUUUUCAGCUCAUUCUGGGACUUGUUGAGGCCUACACACUGUGCUUUGGCUGUAAUAUCCUUAGUGUUGCAGUGUUUGUUACAGGUUGUCGACUUGUAUCACUAAAUGAGGCAGGUGCAUUCGUGCAGACCAGUGACAUUGUACUAUUAGAGCAAAGCAACAGUUUAUAUCCUGUUUUUGCUGAGACAGUCUGAUUUUUACAGGUGGGUAGUUUCUGACUCAGAGCAGUUUUUCAAACAUGAGCCAGAGUCCUCUGUUUUACAUUCUUGAAGGAUUGAAAGAUGAGGUCCAGAUGUUACUGAUAUCACUGUGGCACAAUUUGAAUGCCGUCAGUCAAGGUGAGUGCAGAAGAGGACCUUUGCCAAAAACAAAAGCAGGUGUGAUGAGCUUAGAUAGGCUUUCCCUGUGACGGUGCACCAUGUUAAGGUUUAACUAUUUAAUGGCAUGAUUAGUUCACACUGAGGUUAUGGCCUAAAGGUUCCUGCUUUGCCAGAUCUACCUGGCCUGAAGAACUUCCUUUAAUUUUAGGUUUCUUCCGUCGUGGCCUGACUUUGUUGGACCGUAGCAGCACACUGUGCUUCCAUGGACACGCAUGACAUCACCACAAAGCCAUCACCACAACUUAUGGUGCACAGACAUGGGGCCCUUUUCCGGCUUUUGCCCCAUUAUCAUCCUAAUGAAAAGAGUGAAUGCCUUUGUGGUUGGAUGGAGAGUAGGGGUGGGAGUGGUAUGGCUGAGAGGACCAUAAACCCUCUCUGUGGACCCAGUAAAGUUUAGUCAUUGAGAUGCUGCACAGUGCCUGUCCUAUUGGCAUCCAGCGCGGCUACUGUCACACUAACUAACUGCCUGCCAAGCUGGGUUAACGUGCUUCUCCAAAGCGCAGGAAGCCCUUUUCUUCAUCACGCCACUGCCUCCACCACUGCUGCUAUUGCUGUCGCCGCUGAGGGAAAUGAAUUGAGGAGAGGAGGGGGGGAAGGAAGGGGUAUCAGUGGAACCGAGUGUCUGCUGAGGACAGUGGAGGAGAAAACUGUUUGUUGGGUUUGAACAAGACAAGAGAGGCACUAAUACUCUCCAGCUUCCUGUCCUGAGAGGCUGUUGAACUAGAGGUCACUCAAUACCGAGCUGAAAAUGGCCACAUGUGCUCCCGCUCACGUUUACAGUCACAUGCGUUUCAUGACCUAUUGUGCUCUUGGAUUCUGGCUCGCUUGAGUUCGAAUCAUUUCAUUCAGAUAGCAUCAUUUGGCAGGCAAAACGAGCAUGCACACAGGGCUCGUGUAGAUAGAUGUGCAUAUCAGAGGAGGGAAAAAAAACGAGGCAGUGCAGUCAGCUGAGCUCAAGCAGCAGCCGCUGCAGGCCGCUAAAGUUACCCUGAAGCCUCUGAGAGGGUGACGCCUCCACAUCCCAUGUGAGACAGCUUAACUGCGGUCACCUGAGCACUCUCUCCACCUCCCUCCCUCCCUUCACGCAGCCAAUAACACAGCUCAACACCCAGCCUGCACAGAGGGCCUAAUUCUCAUUCAGCCCCACAGAGAAAGGCCCUGAAGAGCACUUCCAUGCAAACACACAGAUGCAUUCACUGUAAAGACAAAGCGGCGCUCAUGCUCUUGCGACAUGUCUGGCCCGCUCUUCCGCCGUUUCCUUACACGAUAGAAGCAUGUGAGGAAUGUACGCCGGCUUGUCUAGAAUGUCAGGCACGUCUGCUGAGGAGGAAACAGAGCGAGGGGAGGGAUGGUGGGUGGGGGGAGGUACGAGGGGGGACACCAUGCUGACACAUGUUGAGCUGUCUUUGAAUGGUUGUCCUGCACGGAGAGGGCAGACAGGGAACUGUCUCAGCUGACUUGCUGGCUGACUCUCAGGCGCAGCUGCCUCAACUGUAGACCUCAGUCAGUCUAAAAGCCUUUUUUGUUUCUCAUGUCUAUGCAUGCGGGGCUGCCUUUUAAUACACAAAGUCCAGUCUCUGCCCUUUUAUGUGGCACAACAAGAGCGCCGUGCAGGAUUUGAAUGUAGGGUCUAACCUAGAUUUGAAGUACGAGCCGCCUUCUAAGAGGUGCUGUAUCUUUAAUAUGAGCGACAGAUGAGGUACUCAGCACUCAGCAUGAUUAAGGAAGCAGGAGGAUGAUGGGUAGAGGCAGCUCAGUUGAGGAGUUGCCAUGGUGCGUCUCAGCAGAUCCUUUUGGACAAUGCAGAGGCCGGUUUGACUUUGAAGGGUUCAGGUCAUGCUUUGAGUGCACAGACUCUGCAGAGGCCAGAUGAGAGAACUCACUUUGCCCUGCUAGACACACAAACACACACACACACACACACACGCUCAUACACAUGUACAGAAGGCUGCCUAGAUCAAAGGGCCGCUGUCCUCUUUGGCAAGCUGACGAGUGAUCCUUUCAGAGCUGCCCACACAGGAGCCUCUUGUAGUGCAGAGGCAGCUUUAUUAGAGUUUGAGUAGAAGGGAAAAGAAUAAAAAAAAAAAAACAUGCACAGACUCAUAUAAUCAAUACAUGCACAUUCUGCUGCUGAGAGGCCCAAAAUUCCUCAGCUUUAAAUAAAACUACACCUACUCAAGAGGGAGCAGGGUUUUAACAGAUUUCUCUAACUUCACACAGGAGUCUGAGCUGUGAUUUAAUUGUCCACUCAGGUGAAAGAACAGGGCUCAGGUCAGUGUGUGAGGACAGGGGAUCCUCAGCCUUAAGAGUGAUGAACCUGCCCCCUUGCUAGGAUUCGCUCUCCGCCUUUACACACAGGCUUGUGUGUGUUACAAGAAGAGGGAAUGGCACACUAACACACACUGGCACAGGGUUUCCCAUGGGGGCACAGGACCCAGAGUUCUUAACCAAACCAAAGCAGCACACUAAAUAAUUUAGAUUCAUUAGCCUACUCAGCUUCACAAACACUCCCUCCCAUGCACUUCAGCGUACACGCUACAUUUAGUGAGCUUGCCCUAUUAAAGUUGAAAUGUUUACUUUUUAAAAUGUGAGUUCUUGUAAAUCUAGAGCGGUGUUGAGAUUUGAGCCAAAUUAAUGAUCACUGGCAUACACUGACCCAGACUCUAGUGAGGAAUUCAUCCCCUUUCAGCUUCAUGCAGGUUUACGGCGUAAGCAUCUGUGAAGGGAAGUCAGGGCUGAUAACAGUUUCAACAUUAUGCACCUAAUUUUCAGGUAAUUUCCUUGUUCCCUUCGGUACCUGCCAGCAAGGUGAACUUGGCAGGAAGGAUUGUUCAUGCAGAACCAAUAAAAACAGAGCUAUCUGAUGGAGUGUUGUUGAUAAUGACUCUGCUCUUAUAAAACACAAACAAUGCUCUAGCCUACUUUUAAGCUCUACAUAUGUAGGGCAAAAUGACACAAAUAUAGUGGGAAAAAAGGACUGCUAUACGUCACACAUCAAAUUUUGAAGUAAUCCUCAAAUCAUUUGACUAUUUCUGACUGACACUCCUUUGAAUUUUUCCACAAUCGCUUAUUGCAAAACCCACCUUUUAUUGCUUUAGGACCUCUAGGGCUAACAUCCUGUCAUCAUCACUGGGAAAUACUGUCCUAUUACUAAACUUAAUGGCUGUCAAUAGUUACCAUCAUUUAGCCAAUAUCAGAAGCAAUAAAAUGAAAGCACUCAGCUCUUGACCCAGGUCUGAGUAUUAAAGGAGGCCUGACUCCUGAUAUGACGUCUGUAUUCGGCGCAGACACAAGAUGUUAACAUUUUAAGAAGACAGUGAUAGUUCAAUUACUCUAAAAGCUUAAAGGAAUCUUGAUGCAGAACUGUAUCCCUCCACUCUAACCUCAGGCCGUCUCUGAGGAGGCAGUGGCUGCUGACGUGAUGACUUAAAGGACUCUGCAGGGUUUAAAGGCUUAAUGAAGCUCCCAGCUUUCUCCAGCAGGCCGUGGCAGCUAUUAAGCAGAGAACCACUCACUCUCGUCCUGUCUGUGCCACGUCGCUCUCCCCGCGUACAGUCAGCACGCCAGAUUGCUCCCACACUCGCACUUGCAUCUCUAUGAAAACAUUUUCAAAGGCAGAAGGAGAACAGUCUGCGCUGAUUUUGUCAUUGUUUUGUUUUUUUGUGUUUUCAGGAUGCCUCACUGGUUAUCCUGGUAAAAACACCAGCAUCCCUCGCUGUGGGUUAGUUUGAAUGAAUUUUGUUAUUCAAAUGAUGUUCUACUGGUCACCAGAGAUUUAUGAAUUGCAAUAUUCGAGUGUCGGUUUCACGUGGACCACACAGCAUCUCCAUACUCACCAGCUCUCCUGAAGUCUUAGCAGAAAUGAGGCGCUAGGCUCCUUCAUCCUUUGUCACAUCCAUGUCCUGGCCUGUCAGCUAAUGGUCUUUCUAAAUGGCCUAUUGCUGAGUCAUUAUGUAAUUGUGUAAUCAGAUUUCACACGUUCCAGAGCUCAAUUCCAAUAUGCAUGCGUCUGUGAGGUUUUCAUGCAUUCCCUGGUGUGUAUAUGUGCGCCGCAAAGAUAAAAGCAGGCUAUCAAAGAAUAGAUCCGUGUAUUUCAUGUCUCUUCACGUGCAAGCCCCACGUGAACAAGUGGUCUUAAGUGAAAUGUGGCCGCACGGCAUCAGCGUGGAGUUGGAAUAUGCAGAUCUCGGAGGAGGAUUCACACGUGUGCGUCUACUGAUGCAGACAUGGAGCGGGGAGGAUGGUGGUGUCAGCUUGUAGCGGCUAAAACCAGGGGAACUGUUUUCUGUCUAAUAUAGAUUGCCUUCUUGGCUGACAUCCUCCCACCUUUCUCUCCUCUCGCGCCGAAUCUUCCUCCCUCUCUCAAUUUCUCUCAUGAUCGAUCCCCCCUCCCUCUUCUCUCGCUAUCUCUCCUAGCAUCUCCUCCUCCCUCACACCAUCUGACAGCUCCCAUUUAUCUCUCCAUAUCUCUUUAUCUCUCCCUAGCCUAUUGCUUUUCACUUCAAAAAUGAAUGGUCACCCUUCUAAUUGUCCUUAAAAAUUAUUUAUCAGAGGCAGCCCUGGUUAGUAUUUGUGCAGCUGUAGCACACUUAAAAACUCUCUCUUUCUCUCUCUCUCUCUGCCAUCUCUGUUUGUGAUGUAUACGCUUUGGUGCACAGUUGAGUUUAGCCCCUGCUCCCUGUGGAAAUAAGUAAAACAGAAACAACCAUAGAGAUUCUCAGAGCUUUCUGGUUAGCAGCUAAAUCUGGGCUGAACAACGCCACGCUGGUAUGUCCCUCCUGUCUGCCUGUAGGAUCAUUCACAGAGAAGGGAAUAGGGGGAAGGAGGCAAGGAAGGGCAGUGACUUCCCUGCCCUGUAGGAGACACCCGGCUUCCUCAGCUGUCUGUCAAACUGCCCGUGCCUACAAUCUCCCAGAAUCCUCUGAGGCAAUGGAGUCGGUAGUGCUCACGAGCAGGACCCCCCCUCCCCUCCUUCUUCAUGACCCCCCCCCUUCAGAGGGGUCAUGAAGAAGGCUGCAUGUCCCUGAGCGGAGAACCAGUCCAGUUCCUCCUCUCUCUCUCUCUCUCUCUCUGCUCAGACCACAUGCAUGAAGAGGGCGGGAGGGGGGAUUAGAGUCAGUCCAGCAGGGGCUCACUCUCUGCAGCUUUGAUCAGCAGCAGCACAGCCUAAUACCAGGCAACAUCUGCAACUCUCAGCAUUAAAGAGGCCCACAAAUUCCGAUUAGGGAACACACGGCCUGCUAGUGUACGGGACAGAACUGUGUCAAUUCCUGGAUGGGAGGUUUCUAAAUACCAGCGCUCCAGUGGUGCUUAAACUGAUUUGUUUUACAAAGCCCGAGUCUCUAGAGAAAGAAUUUUGCAUUGUGUUUUAAGAUUUCAGUUUCUAAGCUGUUCAUAUUCUUUAUAAGGCAUUUAGUAAUUACAAGAGGAUUGGUUUAUUUAGUUUGUGGGGCAGAUGCUUUUUUUUUUCUUGCAGAUUAUAUUACAGAGGCACCUUCCUGCACCGAAAAACAAAAGGCAAAGUUGUACAACUGUUCAGCCGAGAGCGCUGUCUGAAACAGUUUCCGAGAGUUCGCAAACUGUCCCCAAAUCUUUGUGUCAUAUGGUCACAGCGAGAUAAGGUGUGUUGUUUGGGUGGAGCUGAGCUGCUGUGUGCGUGGACUCUGCUCUAAUAGAAAGAGGCCGAGCUGUUGAUAUGAGAUGACCUAGUUUAAAGUUCAUUCCCUUUAAAAAUGCUGAAGCACUAGAAUGAUACUUCCUUAUUGGCGAGUGUGUCUUUUCCCGGAGAAGCUUUGAAAGGGAACACAGCCGCAGCACCCCUUAGAUGUUCAGGAGCAGCUUUGUGCACACUUUUAAAGUGCAUGAGUUCCUCACUUUGAUCCCGGAGAUGUAUCCUUUGCACAGCAGUCUUAGAUGCUCUUCAACUUCACUCUCACUGCACUAGUAGCUCUACUUUUGGCAGGUGCAGCAAUGCUUUUAAAGCCCUCUGUGUAUUACCUGCCCAACAUCCCACAACACUGACAAAAUUCUAGAUAAUACACAUAGAGAGACUGUUGGCAGCUUUUUCCCUGAAGAUAUACAUAUAUUUAACUAUCAAUUUUUCAGAUGUAGCUCUAUUUUUGCUGAGUAAUGCGACUAGAUAGGCAAGGCAAGUUUAUUUGUAUAGCACCAUUCAUACACGAGGCAAUUCAAAGUGCUUUACAGAUACAAGAAAAUAUAUUGGAAAUGGAAAAAGAGAUUAAAACAAUUUAAAAUCAAUAAAACAAACAGAUAACUGUUUUUGUCUGCUCAGUGUUUGCCCAAAUUAUUUAUUUCUCAGAAAAACAAAAUAAGCCACAAACUUUUUACCUGUUCUUCCUAUUCCAUUAGUUAUGUCCUGAUUUGUUUUUUAUCCCCGUGAGAAACACAGAACAGAGAAAGUAUCUGUCAACUUAAAAUCAGUGAAAUAUUAAAAUGUACCUUAAAAUCAUUAAAACAGCUGAAAAGGACCAAACAACAGACAUCAAAGUUGAAGUUAAAAAAAAAUUGAUGCUAUAACUGGUAGCUAACUAUAUAAGCCAUGUCAAUAAGGUCAAGUAUGGAAGAUUAAAAAAUACAGAUUAUUAUACUCUAAGCUGUUUAUUACGAUAGAUGUGGGAAUAUAUGAUGAUUUGUUGUUACAGGUCUAAUGUGAGCUUAUUUUAAAUCCUUUAUACCUUAAUUCAAUAUACAGUCUAACAGUGUUUCAUAUUUGAUAAAGUUGCUGUUCAACCUCAUUUUCAAACAGAUGAGAUGUUCAAAGUGUUGAUAAAAACAGAUUUGGAUGUUUUGCUAAUCAAUCAAGCCCCAUGUUUAAUUCAAAACAGUGCGAAGACAACAUCCAAUUUUUGAAGAGAACAUUUUUUGUUAUUUUAUUUCACGAUAUUCAUACUUACAGAAACACCUGGAGUAACAUCGCCCAUCUUAUUAGUCCAAUCUUACCUUGUCCAGAUUCUAAUACCCUUUCACCAUGCAUGACGUCUUACAUGGCUCUGCAGUACAACAGUCUGGGUGCUUAACUGGUUUGACUGCUUGUCAAUCAAUAAAACCAUGUGGUGCAUUAAAAACAGAAAUAAGACCAGAGAGAACCUGAAUGCUUGAGCAGCUGAAAUCCUUCCUCAAACAAGGAUGGGACGAUAUUUUAUUUUCAAAACUCUCAGAGAUGGUCUUUGUUGUCCCCAAAUGUUUAUACAGUGUAGACUUGGCUAACUGGUUUGUAGUCCUAGCUAGCAUAAGAAGAGCUAGCACCACCAGCCUUUAGUCCUCCUUACAAGCUAGCAUGUCACAUUCACCCAUUCACACACUGAUAGCAGAGUCUGCGAUGUAAAGCUCAUCAGUCCUAACUAAUCCAAUUCGCUCACCGUUGUACUCAGCCAGCAGGGGCAGUUUGGGGUUAAGUGUCCCGCCCAAGGACAUGGAAAGUAGGAUUUAGGAUCAGACCCCCAACCUUUUAGUUUAUAGACCACCGACUCUUAGCACCACAAAUCAGGAAUAAACUGACGUGAUGGUUUUCAUUGCCCUGGCAGUUCAAUGUGUAAAUAUAUGACAAGUAUAGACGAAGGGAAUCAAUGUGCACCAGAAAAGGCAGAGCUGGAGGAGAGUACAAAGUUCUGGACAUGACCAGGACAAGUCUGUGUAUCAGCUGUUUAUGUUGUUGUUGAUUACUGAGCAGAAUUAGAGCAUUAGAGCAGAAGGCUCAGUCAUUGACUCAUCAAGAUUAUUGUGUUGAACUAGAGUUGAAAGAUCAGAACUGAUAGGUAAACAUUGCCAACCUCUUAGACCAGAGUGGCUGUUUCUGAUAGUCCAGUUUGAGUCAAUCACUUUAAAAUUUCACCAUAAUGUCUCCUCUUUUACAUGUCAUUUCAGUUAUGAUUAUCUAUACUUUAUAUAUUCAUUUAUCUAGGUGUUACUCAUAAGUCCUCUGCGGUGUAAAAGGCUGAGCUUUGUGAAACUAAAAGUGCGGUUUUCUGUCCAGACAGAUGCCCCUGCAUGUGCAGCCUGCCUCAAUCAUUAACACUGAAAUUUGCUUGUCUCAUGCUGUCAGCUGUGCAGUCUGAUAAUCACCCGAGCCCUGGAAAAAAGAAAAAAAAAAGUAGAGCUGUCACCUGCUGCACCAGGAAGCUACUUAUUGCUUUCCCUUCCAGUGUCCUUGUCCUUUGCAUUACAUUUAGUUGUAUCUCAUGUGUGCUUAUCCCUUGUGCUGGCAAGUCUUUUUCUUUCUUUACUUCCUGUUUCCCUUGUGGUGUCUUUCUCAUGAAUACGGUCAUUUCUAAACCACCCAGAUCUUUUCCAGUUCUCACUGCUUCCCGGUCCCUCUGGUUUAAAGACUUCCCCUCUUUGGUUCUUUUCUGUCUCACUAUUCCUCUCUCUCUCUCUCUCUCUCUCUCUCUCUCUCUCUUUCGCUGCCCUCCUGCUCCAGCACCCCGUCGCCAUCCUAACUCCCCCCCUCCUCCCCCUUCUCUCUCAGUGCCACUGUGUUCACAUGGCCCCUGCAUGUGACAUGAAGCUGAGCCAAAACACCCCGGAUGCCCGCUUCAGCCCUUCACUGUUCCAGACCUUGUUAAAUUUUAAACAAAACAAAAGAAGAAGGAAAGGAGGGGAGGAAAGGGAGAGAGAGAAAGAGAGAGAAGGAGAAGAAAGAGAAAAAGUUAGCACGUGGGGGCUGGGGGAAUGUGCAACAGCAUCACAAUCUCAUUCAUUCACUCGUCCUGCUGUCCCUGUGCAUCGUUGGGAGAGAGUGGCCCUUUAAUUCCCCCUCUCUCUCUCACACUCUCUCUCUCUCUUGCUUUCCUUCCCUUCACCCUUGUUGUGUGAAAGCCUUCCUCUCUUUCUCUCUGCUCUGAGCUGGAGCGAUUGUAGCUUUAACCACAGAUCUGGGGUCUGAUUACUUUGUGGCCUAUCUUUCUGUGGGAUUAAACAACAACCGACUCUGUUGCCGCUGUCCCUCCGCGCAACUUCCUACUCGAUCAGCUGAAGGCCACCAAUGCCCUGCAGAUUCAGAAGCAUGUUUGAUACUUGCAGAAUAGCUGAACUAGUAACAGUAGUAAUGGUCGCUGUUUACCUGAAUUAUUAUUGCUUGUGCUCUCCUUACUCCUGCUCUUUCACUCUCAAACGAAUGCAACAACAUGGCCACCUUUUAAUAAAAAGUCGCAGCAUCUCAGUGGCUCACAGCCAGAUUUAGCUAAGCUACCAGAGUCCUUCAUAGCUUCGGAUAAUGAAUAGCAUUAGAGGCUAAGUACAAACAAUAACAGCGAUGUGCUUAUCAGGGAGUCAGUAACCCUCAGGGAAAACUUGAAAGUGCUUUGACCGCCUUUAUUGUGGAUGAGCAGCUAAUAAUUUCAAUCAGUGAUACAAAUGUUGUCAUUGUCACCACACACUGUUCCUAUAAAGACAGUUUCUUGGCUCCAUGCAUAAUGCAUGAGGAUGAAUGAGAAACUGGAACCAGCUCGGCCAAACUUGUUGGCAAACUGCAACAUGGGUGCAGAAUUUUCCUUAUCUGUGUGUUUUUGCACAGAUUUAGUCCCAGUUUCAGUUUAGCCGACCGGUUGAACUCACUGUGUAUUUCUCUCAAGUCAGUGUUAAAAAGUGUGUCAGUGUUUGUCGGUUUUGAAGUACAUGACACUUUGACAUUACGACACAAAUACAGAGCGUUGUCUUUGAGCAAAACAAGUUCAGACAGGAGACCAGAGCAGACCAGCAAGCCACAGGGUUUUUUUUUUAUAUCCCACAAACAAUACACACACUCACAUGGUAUCACAGUACAGUAUGCUGAUCUGGUGUUCACCCUCUCUCUUGCUCACUCUACUGCUAUUCUCGGACCACAUCUAUGAAAAUAUUGCUGCCACCUACUUGAAUCUGUCUUUUCUCUUCUUUGAAAUCUGUCUGCACGUUGAUUGGUAGCACAUGAUCGGUGUUUACACAGAAAAUAAACCACAAGCAGAAAUCCCAGAAGGAAAAUGACAGGUACUUUUUAUGAAACACAAAUGUAUUCCUCAUGUGUUUAACAAGUACAAUAUACACAAUGUGCAGAUGUUUUUUUGGACUAGGACAUUUGCUUUUAUCACAGAGCCUGUCAUGGUACAUUUAUGAGUCCAGCUAGUUGCCUGUGAUUGAUUUCAGACAUUAUUAUGUGCCUGUUUGGCAAUCAGAAAAAGCUUUUGAUAUAUUUGGACAAUUCAAUUAUGUAAACAUAGCUGGUAAAUGAAAGCAUCUUUUGUUUUUAUAUAUAAAAAAGAAUGAAACACAUCUUCUAAAGUAAUCUGCUACAGUUUUCAUGUUUGAAUGUAAAUAUCCUUACAAUUGAAAACUACAGUGUUAGAUACUGUAAUUAUUUAUCUUUUUUACUGGACAGAGUUGUUUAGAUUCUACAGAGUCAAGAUGGUCAACAUGAUACUGUGAUACUUCAGGUGCCCCUCUGGUUUUGUCCAUAUGUUGACCAGUCUCUUCUCAGAAACCCAAUAUUCCCACAUGGCUGAUUUAUCACAAAGAGGGAGGUGAAGAUCAUCUUCAUCCUCUGCUCCGUCUCUCUGCUACUUGUCAUUGUCUCCUUUCUGUUGGCACUGCUUGAAAGUUGAGAAUAUUGUGCUGGUGCACCUGGGCAGAAACUAUUAAACAGGUGAGCAGUCGGGUUUUCAAAAUAAAAGCCUAUCUCAAAGAUUACAGUGUAGAUUUAAUUUGGUUAUGUAUGGAUCAGUCCAGAUCAAUGGAGGGUUUCACCCCCAGUACAUAGAAUUAUAGAUAUAUGAUAAAUGACAGAAUAGAAUAGGAUAGAAUAGAUGUGUAUUGCCACUUGCACAGGUACAAGACAGUAAAAGUACAUUAAAACUUUGGUGCAUUUCUAUACAAGUUGAAAAUACACAUAUGGAUAUAGAAAUAAAAGAUUCAGAGUGAAUAAAACUGUAUUUACAAAGUGCAGAGAGUACCAGAAAUAUACAUUUUGUUAAAGCUCCUGUUAGGAACUUUUGGUUUGUGUUCAAGUUGGCACUCCCUGUGGACAAAAUAGUCUUUGUUUCCUUGUUUUCUACAUGCAUCAGUAAUGAGUCUUGACCAAAAGAGUCUCAUCCUGCUGAUUAUUGUGAAUACUUAAUGUGAAAAGUAUAAAACCAGGGCUUCUUCUUUACCUCUUCAGCUGACACCAAUCCCACUGCACUAUUUUUAGGGCAUUCAAAUUAUAUAAACAUCAUCAAUCUUGUUCGCUGAUGGUCUUGUUUGGUUUUGGAUCGCCUAAAAAAGAAAUAAUGUGAAUUUCAGUCUAUUUUAUAAACGCGAAAAAACUUUAAAUAUGAAAUACUAUAUUUUAUAUCUGGUGCUGAGGUAUUCAGUUUUGCACAACAAGGUCUUUAAAUCUUUAUAAUGAAUGCUCAACAAAGUUCAGAUAAAAGAACUUUAUUAUCGCUGUGUUAGAAGUUUGCAAAUGUCAUCUAAUGUCAUAUCACAUCCAGUGCUUAGCAUAAAUAAUCCACCUGAUUGUCUUUAACGGAUUUGAAUCGUGUGACCUUUUCAGCCGUGUCCUCAUAAUGGAUGUUUAUGUUUGCCUCCAGGUGGGAUGAUUAGACUUGUUCUCAAGUCUUUAUUAAUGGCGGUACCGACAUCAUAUUUGCCCAGGCUUUUGCUGAAUAUACAUAAGGGAGUUUGGAUGAAUUUAAUUGAUUUAUGAGGGGAUUCUUAGUUUUCAUUGUUCGAAUUUUGGGACUGUCCCUGCUGUUGUUUGUGCAUUGAAUGCUUAUGUGGACUGUAUGAUAUUGACAAAGUGAAGAUGGUAUUUUAUCAUCCUGUUCUUCAUCACAGGAAAGGUCCCAUUUAGAUUGUUGAGAGAGAAUUAACAUGCCUCGGAUUAAAGAGGAGACGCUCCAGGAUGCUCUUUUUGGAUAAUGACAGUAUAAGACAUGACAGCAGUCUUGUCAAAGCGACCGUCCUGAAGAGGAAAAAAGAGUGAGGGAUUAAAAGUGGCAAGUUGUGAAUGUAAAAUGCUCCUCCUUUGUUUCAAUCGGGGACAGGCAUUAUUAAUGCAUUGGUACAAACGAACAGGGAAACCCAGAGCGACAAACAGGCAGGAGUCCCUGGGAGCUAAUUAAUCACUGAUGUACACACAAAACACACACGCGCACACACACACACAUACAAAUUCAGAUUGUCUCUGCGUAUGCAUGUGUACCCGACCACCUCAUACUCUAACCUUUUGCAUGACAUCAAACCUUCACUGCUUUACCAAUUAGCGUCUCAUCUCGCCUCUUUAGUCUCAUUAUCAGAGGGAGGUGUUGUCAGCCAGCUCCUUUAUCACUGCUCACCCUUCAUCCCCGGCUCUCACGUUUCACCCUCCCCUGAUGUUCUUCCCAGGGGGCUUUGAAUACUAGGUGGGUAAGCCUAAACCUCUGUGCUUGUUUAGGGGGGUUAUUGUGCGGGUGCUUCAGGAUGACAAUGCCUCUCUCCCCUCUCUUUAAGCCCCUCCAUACAGUGUUAAGGCGCUCCACUUUAUCAGGGCUGUAUAGAGGGCUGCAGAGACAGGCUGCUGCUGUAUACAAGCCAUUAGCAGCUGCUGAGUGACAGAAUGCGGAGGCUGAAGUGACACAGUGACGCCGCUGAUGAGCAACCAGUGUCCUGAAUUAUGAGAUAAUAACGCGUUUGAGAAACUUCUCACAAGAUUUGGGGAAAUCUUCAAAAGAUUUGUGAAGCAUUAUAAUCAUCUCUCUCUGAUCUGCCUGUUUGAUGGCUCUGCAUGUUAUCACGGCUGUUCUUGCAGUGGAAGAAUAUGCCUUAAAUUGAGUAUGGGCACUGGGGCAGAUUGCCAUUGUGACUGGCUAGUCCCUAUUCUUAUUUAUCUGCUUAUAAUUUCUCAUCCAAAGUGAAGGAUUAUGUUAAGUCGACACAAGCCAGUGAUUGUUUCAGACUUCAUAUGCUGUUAAAGGAAAUAACAGCAGCAUCGGUAUAGGGUCCUAAUUUCUCUUUCUGUGUUUUCCUGUCUCUCAGCCAAUCCAGUAGCCUCACCAAAGCCCCUACCUGCUGUGUUGUGGUUUGUGGUUUCUGUGAGCUUGUUUCUCUUUAACUCAGCUUCCUUUUGGGUUUAGCACUCAUGUCCUCCAUUUGUUUUGUCUGCCAUUGGCCACAAACCUAUGGGUUGUGCUCCCCAAAUAGACAGAGUAGGGCUGGGCGAUAAAACGAAAAUUUACCAAUAGCAAAAAAAUUUCAAUGACCAUCAUUUUGCCAAUGUCAGUAUAUUCUGUGUCAAAAAAAAUAAAUAAAUAAAAGUUGGUUUUGGAUGAGUGUAGGUAGGCUAUGGUCUCAUGUCCCUUUGAGACGCUGUCCUACGUCAGAGAUGUGACUCCACCCCAUCCAGUCCUUAACAAAGAGGGAAAGACAGGUGAGGAGAUGGAGGAUGGUUCAAAAGUUGUAGCGGCUGAAGUAGAUGAAGUUAAUGUGGGAGCGGGUUAGCAGCUUGUGGAGUAGUUAUCGUCCAUUUAUCGACAUCAAGGUGAACUGCUUAAUAUAUUGUGAUACUGAUUUGAGGCCAUAUCGCCCAGCCCUAAGAUUGAGCGUGAUAUGAAGUUAUUCUGUCUUUACUUUAUGUCAGUCUACAAAAUACAGAUGUAUGAAAUGUUUAGUUCGGCUCUAAUCUGGAGUCCCAGAAUACAGAGGUUGUAGUCUUUAUUGCAGCAGUCACUGGUUGGACUCCCAGUCACGACCCUUUGCUGCUUGUCAUCCCCCGUCUCUCUCCCCCCUCACAUUUCCUGUCUCUCUCCAGCUGUCCUGCCAAUCCAGGUAAAAAAAAAAAAAAAAAGAAAAAAUAACCCAAAAAUAAAAGCCAUUUAAAAAAUAAAAGCUCUUUCAGGCAGAGAAUCUGUCACAAUAAUGUCAGACUUAAUUUGCAGCUUUGAGUUUUGCUUUAAUUGCAUCUGCAGCGCACACUGAGGUCUGCCUUUGUGUCAUUUUGCAUGCAUUGCCUGAGAUCAAACUUGGGUUUGUGUCCUCCUCAUGUAUGGCAAGAAGGCCUGAGGACUGAUAACCAGCGCUGCAUCAUUCAUGAGUGUGUGCCACCCUGUGCCUGGAUUGCAGUGACCCAUAGCUGUCAACAGUGUAUCCUUGAAUGUGAUGGCACAGGCUGUGUUGAGGACACACUGCAGGGACUGCUGGCAUGAGGAGGGUUGUGGGCGGGGCCAGGAAAGGACACUAAUAUUAAUAUACUAUGUUAUCCGUUCCUUUUUUUUCCUGCAAGUUCCCUUUUUUUACUCCACUUCUUCUUUGGGGCAGAGAGUAUAAUCUCCUCCAGAGCAGAGACCCAGAGCCUGCUGGUGCCACAUAAGGACACUUAAGCAGGAUGGAGCCUGUGCUGACAUAUUUCAAAGGGAGGCUGAGGCUUUUAAAGGUGUGAGGAAAGAGAGGUCAGGUUGUGAGCAAGCAGGGCUAGAAAUGAAGAUUCCCUGCAAGAGCCGACACAUUAAACCACUUAUGAUUUAAAUCAGAGCGGAGGAAAGUAGAGAGAGAAGUGGAUGAGCAGGUAUUACCUUAUAUUCUGAAGGAAAAUAAACUAAUGGAUGAAGAUGAGAAGAAGAAAAAAAAGAUCAGAUCAGUUGAGCCCAUCCUUACCUUGUGAAACAUUAAAACACGCACAUACACACACAGUUAAAACCUCACUACCCAUAAUAACCUGUGUGUGUGUAAGCGAGACAGAGGCCCAUUACAUAACCCGAUCACCCCUCUUUGGCUCUCCUGCCAGUUUACUAUCACACAACAGUAACUCGGUUCACACGUGUGCGGGCUUGCUUUAUUAUGCGUGUGAAAGCGCAGCCUCCCCAUUUGUUUCACACGCAUUCACGACCUGCUGGUAAUUCAUUAUUUCCCAACAUGGGAUAGGCGCCCUUUUCUACAUAGAUGGAGGAGUUUGUCAUGCAUGCAGACUUGAUUUACAUGAAACAGCAUCACACGUGUGGGUGUACCUGAUCUUUUAGCUGCAAAGACACUGAGUUUGACUUAGAAAACAGAUUUUUUUCUUGUUGUUAGCUCUAAAAACGGAUAAAAAACGGUUCCUGUUAUUGCCAUUUUGUUGUAUAAUUACACUAUUAACUCUCUUAAAUGAAUUUGUGUCUGCUGUGUAUGCUGUUAAUACAGAUCCUUAGGUAUUUUUCAGUAAUAUACUGUGUGACAGUAAUAAUAUACGGUAUUUUAAGUGUCAGCUUUCAUUGCCACACUUUUUUUUUUUUUAAGUAUACAAAUGGGGCAAAUAUCCUGCCUGCAGGAUCUAAUUCUGCACUCUCCAGAUUGCAGUUCUGGUUCAUUUGGCAACUCCUGUGGUUACCGGUGAUUAUGGUAACAAAUCUUGGUGAGAAACCUGGCAGAGUUCAGUUUCUAAAUGAGAUGUUUAUCGAUCACCGGGGAAAGAAAAUGCCUUAGGAGAGGCUAGAGUGUCACAAACACAGCAGAGGCGGAGGAGCAACUUGUGUAACAGCUUCUGUUAAUGAAUUUUUGUAGCUGUAUACUUGCCUACACUCAAAGAUGCCUGUAUGAAGCUGUUCUUCCCCUCAUAUUAUAAGAUUGUUAUAUCCACCACAAGUGUUUGUGUAUGACUCUUUUCCAGUGAAUGUCGUGUGAAAGGGUCAUAGAUUGUAAAAACAUGGAUGAAGUUUCACUUAUAUCCCCACACUGGGUUAUGACGAGGCAUCAUGAAGCCUGAGAUGGUGGCUUCUAGGGCUGGCCGAUAAACUGAAAAUUUACCGAUACUGAAAUUUAAGACAAUAACCAACGAUAACCAACGUCAUUUUGCCCAUAUCAGUAUAUUCAGUGUCAAAAAAAUAAAUAUAAGUUGGUUUUGGAUGAGUGCAGGUAGGCUAUGGUCUCAUUCUCUUUAAGAUGCUGUCCUACGUCAGAGACGUGACUCCACCCCAUCCAGUCCGUAACAAAGAGGGAAAGACAGGUGAGGAGAUGGAGGACGGUUCAAAAGUAGACGAAGUUCAUGUGGAAGGGGGUUAGCAGCUUGUGGAGUAGUUAUCGUCCACUUGUCGUUAUCGAGGUUAACUGCUCAAUAUAUUGUGAUAUUGAUUUGAGGCCAUUUCGCCCAGCCCUAGUGGCUGCUAUAUCAGAAAGUCUCACUCCAAGUUGAUCUGGGAACAGGCGAAGAGGUUAAGCAGAGACAGGCUAAUAAAAUCUUGGUUACACCGUUAUGCCUAAGUGUGCAUAACUCUCGACCUUAAUGUUGUACAAACUGAAAACUGGACAUCUGUUACGUCACCUUUUCUUUUGUGAAGCAGAGUUUUGAAAGCCUCAUGUUGACUCAGCCUAACUUUUGUUCUACUUACCAGAGACGGGUCUUUAGCCUCCGGAAACAUUACUCACUGUGAAUGUUCAAAGUCUGUGAAGUUUAUCACCUCACCUGUCAGCAAACUCAUGACAGUGAUUUCAACAGUCCAGAAUAACUAUAAAUAUAGUCAGUCUUGCGCUGAUGGUUUUGUUUGCUUUUACUGCUCAGGAAGAGGAAUUAAUAAUAAUUUAAUUCGAUAUCAUUAUAAAAUUUCACACAGGUCUCAGCCAUUGACAAUUUAUUUUAUAAGAUAGAUAAAAGUAAUGAAUAAGUACAAACACCCAUAACAGCCAUAACAUUAUAUAUGCAAGUUAAAAAUAGUAUCAGCAGCACUAAACAGAAAACUGAAUCCCAAAGCUGUGCCAUAAUUAUCCAUCAUAGUUUACAAUUUUGUCUCUGAUCUGGAUGCUUGCUGUAAAAAGCAGAUUAAGUACUUCAUUAUAAUUGGUACAAAUCAAGGCCAAACUUUCAAAGCCCUGGCUGUGAUAGAGUGUUAUUACCCGUUAAUAGAACAAGACAAAUCAAGAGUCUGGCAGGGAGUAUUUUGUCAGUUUCUCUUAUUUACGGCUGGCUGAGAUUAGCUCACCUCGCCUCACAGCUCCUUCCUCUCCUGAGUCUAUCAGCCUGAGGUGACAGGAUGAGCCCCCAGCCAAUUCCUUUCCUGUCUGUUUAUCCCUGUAUUUAUCUAUCCAUACUGUACUAUUUCCUUUCCUUUCUCCCACCAAUCUCUGCUUGGGCUUAUCUUGUAUUCUCUAUCCUUUCUAUUACACACAGCUCCCUGUCUCCAUCCCCCCCACUUCUCUCUCUCUCCCUCUCUCUCUCCUGCUGUAGCUCUUUCUUCACCAGCAUAGCUCCAAGUGUUCACGCUUGAGCUGCAGCACGCAUCCAUGGACCUCAUUAUUUUUUCUGUACUGUUAUAAAUGUAUUUUAUUUACACGCUAACCGACAAACACGCUAAAUAAUUCAUGUGGGCGCUCUGCACACUUCUACAGCCGCACCAUCGUUCCUGUGUUUGUAAUUAAUUUGUAGUGUGCACACAUAAUAACACACCGUGUCUGCAUGAGCAAACACACAUACACUUUGGUCCACUACAGUGACAACAUUCUCACUCCCAAGGUAGGGGGGGUGAGAACAAUUCUGAAAGCUCAUGUGUGUGUAAGUGUGCGUGUGUAUGUGUGAUGUGUGUUCUCUGAGCGAGCUGAUCAGUGGGCUCGUGUUUUCCAAUGUAAGGUUUCGUAACACACACUCAUUACAUAACAACAGCAGGAGUGGAGCCGCGAAGAAGGGGGGUGAGCAGAGAGAGAGGGAGAGAGAGAAAGAGGGAGCGCACACAUUUGCGUACGUCAGCGUCCCACCCCUCCACUGACAGAGGGAACCACGGGGGGAAGUCUUUGAUUUCUCUUCUGUAUUGAUGCCAACACCUGGGAUCUGAAGCAUUUGUAACAAAUACCUCCUAUCUGCCGUAUCUGGACGCUAUUUUUAGAUAAUAUUGAUUGUAUUACAUGAUGAAGCAUGUUCACAGAGCAGCAUUAGUGUGAAGGACGGCACAGCUGAUGGAGGAUGCCGUUAUUUCCUUCACUUAGGGGGCACAUAAGCCGUGCACUUGGAGAUUUAUCGCUGCACAACUUGAUUUAUUACCUCCCAUGAGACCUCUUUCAAUGUGGUUCCACAUUCGAGCCGUCGGGAGCAUGAGUUAUAGUUGUGCUGCAUAUUUACACAUCAUUUCUAUCCCUCUCUCUGACUGUUGUGCUUCACAAACAGGGAUUUGUAUGAGGUUAAUACAAGCCAGAGAUGAAGUAGAGCGAGUCCUCUGCUGUGCGUGGAGUCAUCUCAGAAAUUAAAAAUGCAAAAUGGAGUGAGCAAGUGGGCCAAAUCUUAGUUAAAAAAAGCACAAGCAGGAUAGUUCAGCAUUUUAGAACUCACUACAAAUCCUGCUUCAGGUCACCCCCUCCUGCUUUAAUGCAUUUCCACACUGCCCCCACAGGUGGUAGAGGGUAAUGCGCUGACCUGAUAACCAGAGUUGCACAUCGCCUUUAAUAGCAGAGGGCUGUUUAGUCGCCUUCUCCCCAGGGGCAAAGGGUAAUAAUGGUUUGAUGGGGGAGAUAUUGCAGGCUGUGACCUCAUUUGGAUUCAGGAUGUGUUUCAGUGGACUGAGAGGAGGUUUUGUGUAGUUUCUGCGUGUGUAUGUGUGCGUGUGUUAAUGUCUGAUUGUGUCCUUCCUGGUGACAUGCCUGAGCGAGAUGAGCUAUCAGAAUUUGAGGGCUUCCAUCAACUUAUUAAUUAUCCGCUACACCCUCUCCCCCGGGGAUGGAGGGACGUCUCAUGGUCAUCCGUGACACAGCAACAUAUUCUCCCUGAGCCUCUUGCUUCUCACGCCGGCUUGUUCGUGCUACAUCACAGUGUAUACACGGCAGGUGAAGGAGGAGCAUCACCUCCACCAUGCUGUUUAAGCUGAAGGAUGUACAGUUUGUGACAACAAAGCAGUGCUACUCAGCUUUUCCCGCUGGGAUUUCUCCUCAGCACUCUGUGGAGAGCACGGGAAACAGUGCACACACACGCACACACACACACACACACACACGCAGACAGCCUUUGACCUUAUCCUGAAAUAUCACCUGAAUUUGCUUUAGUUCAAAUAAGAUCAUUUCAAUUCUGCACCUAAUACUUCAACUGUUCCCAUCUAAAUUGCGCCACAGUCUUAGCAGGUUUAAUUGUUUUAUUAAUUAAAGUGAUAAUCAAACAACAUGCAUGAUUAAAUAAACACUCAUUGAGCUUAGCUUCUGCUGCUGUCCAAUAGCUGCAGAGUUUACACUGUCGUUUAUCAUGAUUUCACUGUUGACUGCGCCUGUGAGUCGACUCUUUAUGUAUAUGUUGCAGGUUUAAAGACUCAAUCCCAAGAGCAGUUUGGUCCGUGCUGUUUUUGCUGAAUAAAUCAUGUUCAAGAGAUUCCCCUCUUGAUGUUGUUGUCGAUAAAAUUAGACCAGAAACAGUGGCCAUCUCUGUGGACGAGAUCCAUGAAGGAAAGUUAUACGUCCUUGAGAAUGCUGGACUCUUACAAAUACAGCCUUUUUUAAGAUAAACAUUGCAUUCUUGAGAUUUAUCAAUUUGGUUUUGAAGCUUUUCAGCACAGUAUGCGAUUUUAAUAGUUUGUAAUGAUCUUGAGUCUGGUGAUUCUGCCAUUUAAAUGCCUUUAGAUCUAACUUCUGCCUUUGAUUCAGUUGAUCACACAGCCCUCAUCUCUCGCCUUGAGCACUAUGUGGGUUUUAAAGAUGCAGCAAUCAAGUGGUUCAAGUCUUUCUGGUCACAAGACGUGUUUCUCAGACAGACUUGGGAACUCUGUAAUGUCCUCUGCCCUUCCCUCAGCCAUGUGGAAACCCUCAAGGGUCAAUUCUUGGGCCUUUCCCUUUUUCCUGUACUUGAUAGAAGAUUAUAGAUUUUUACAAGUUUCUGAUCAGGAAUGAUAAAGUUAGCUGAAAUCUAUGCUUUAUACUCAGUUUGUCAGAGUGUCAAAUCAUGUCUCAGUGGGUCCGUACAGCUAGCUUGCUAGCAGUCAGCUAUUCUUAAUUGAAAGACAUAGCCAAUGUAGUGAACCACUGCAAAAAAAUCACUUUAAUACUGUAUGCUUAUUUUAAGCACAAUAUCAAUAUUUUUGAUUUUUUUAGAAACGGUUGCCAUCAGUUCCAAUUUACUGUGACAGCCUUGUCCAAAACUUAAUGUAGCCUGAGAUUUAUAUAGUUUCCUAAUCCAGACUGUAAACAUGUUUAUUUUUGCUGUUUCAAAGAUUUUCUGUUUUUUCGACUGGGUGUGUAUGUGGUUUCUGGUGCCUUUGCAGCAGCCUCGAGUGGACAUUUGAGGAACUGCAGUUUUUAUCACAUCCUUAUCAGCUUCAUUUUUCAAGACCAAAGUUUGCAGCCAGGAUGAAAGUGUGGUUUGAUACUUACACCAUUAGCACAUUUGUAUGAAUCCCUUUAUAAUAUCAUAAAAGUCUAAGUAAGUCUACGAAAAUAAAUAAAUAGUACCUACAGGAAAGCUAACAUGUUAGACAGAGGCAGGUGCAAAAGUUAGUUUGCUGUCAGUUCUGCGAUGUCGGUGCUAUAAACUGUACAAAACCACAGAUAAAACAAUUCAAAACCAUAACUUUUGGAGCUCCCCCUGGUGGCUGGUUACAGUACAUUAGAACAGAUAAACCAGAAUGAAUUGACUUUUCUCAAAUAUACUUUCUAAAACUUCAUCAUACUUUCUAAAAAAUCUGCACUGCUGUUAAAUCAGUCCAAAUAAUUAUUAUUAACCCGAAAGGAGAUAUGAGUACCGCAAUCUAGUGAAAUGUCUGCAGAAGAGAUUCACUGAUACCACAAAAGCAUAUAUGUAUUUAUGGUAAUCCAUCCAAAAGUGAAAUUCAAGAUAUGUCAGUGUAAGUGUCAGUCUGGUACAGCCAUCUGAAAACCUAAACACCACCACCUGCGAAAACUCAAACCAUCCAAGUCCGUCCUUGUUUGAUGUUUUGACUCUCGACUCUUUGCCUCCUUGACAGUCAAAAUAUUAAAGACCUUUGCACAGAGCUCCCAUCUUUGCUCUUGAAGGUAAAGUGAAGGUAAACAUGAUUCAAACUAAGUACACACAGAUGCAUGCAUGUGCAAAUGUGAUCUCUCCUACAGCGAUAAUGCUCGAACAUCUCGCUCAUUUCCCAUGCAAACACACACCUCAUCAUCUUAUCACUUUUACACAAAGGACAGCUUGACACAUUUCACACAUCAACACCCCUGCAGUCCCAGAGCAGGAGGCAGCCCCCUUCUCUCUCUGUGGACCCAUUUGUGUGAGAACAUCUGGGAACUUUUAGUGAGGACGUCUGUAGCAUUAAGGAGCUGCUAAUUAAGCUGCACUUGUUUCAGAAACUGUAAAACUGUGAGAUCUAAACGGCCUCCCUGAAAGUCUCCCACAUCCACAGCUCAACAUGUGUGUGGCUGUGAAAGGUGCAGAGAGGUAGAGAGUAAUGUGAAGAAAGAUGUGAAGCACUGAGGUGAGGGGCAGUGAGCAGCCUAUCAUCCUUGGUGGCCUUUGCCACCUUCUAGCAGGGCUUGCCGGCUGCCGCCUGAGCAGACAGUUGGCUUAACACGGCCUGUCACUUUGGAUCUGAGGGAUCACCCCACAUCAUCUACAGAGGAAGAGCGAGAAGCAAAAAGGGAGGAAAGAUGCAAAAACAAAUAAAAGGGUUGAGCGAUUUGGGCAAAGAGGCAGUAGAUCUCCUCGCCUGCAAACACACAUCUUUAAGCAGAUGCAUUUUGACAUUGUGUGUCUGCAUGUGUGCGGAGGACAGUGUAGCUAUUUAUGUCACAGAGUAACAUCUGGCUUCUCUCUGUCUUACAUCUAUUUCUAUAUCCCUUCUCCAUCAACUUACAUCAAGUCUCGCCUGCUCUGUUUUAACUGAUACACAUUACCAGCUGACAGCUCGUUUAUGCAACAUUUUCUGAGUUUUUUUAUGGAUUUUUCCAAACAGUUUCAUCUUAAAUGAGACGCCUCAGAAAAGAUCCAUCUUCUCAAAACAAGCAAAAGAAGCUGUCUCUGUAGAAGACCGGUGUAGGCUUAGAGGCAUUUAUAAGUCCUGCAAUCUUGCCAUCCAGUGUAUCACAUCUGUCACCCCCUAUAGUAGUAUGAGCAAGCCGGCAUCUACGCAUGCUUGUGCUCCGCUGUGACUUAUGUGGGUCACUGAUGCCCUACGGUACGGCCUGCCCGGUCCUGUAGCGGAGGUGUGCUGAUGUCAGAUUGCAUUCAGCAGGGCAGCAUGAUUAACCAGGGAUGUGUCCUUGUUAUUACUGGGAAGAGCCAGAAGAAAGGAGUGUGGAUCUGUUAAAUAAAGGAGAUGGAUGGAGGGAGACCAGCCUUGGGUGCUGAUCACUAACAAUGAUAGAUGACAGGGGCAGCGGGGCAUGUGGGACGCAGUUUAGUAGCCUGGGAUUGGAAAUGUUAUCACCGGAUACUGGCAUUGGAAUGAGCGAGGCUGUUAGCGAAAUUACACGUGCAUGCUUUGUAUAAAUGGAUAUCUCUAUUAGGGAGUGUAUUGUUGCAGGUGCAUACAACAUGCUGACACUGCAAGACUCUCAGAUAGUUUCAGUGUAGUACAAUUUGAUCGUUGUCAAGUCCUGCCUCUUUUCAAUGCAAAUCAUUAGAGCUUAUUAGUCGGAGGCAUUUUCCUGUAAAUUUAAACAGUAGUUUUUAUUAUUAUUUUUCCAUUAUUAUUAUUAUUUUUUAUUAUUAUUUUUUAAUGGGUAAAGUUUCUUUUAAGCGUGUUUCAUGGAUGUUUAAUAGGGGUGUCCCGAUACAAGCAGUCAAUUUCAUUGUAAAAAAAAAAAAAUCCUAACAAAAUGUAUUUUCAACUGCUAUAUUAAAAUUAAGUCACUUUUUUUAUAAGUACACUUGCAUACACUAUGGGUGGAAAUAAGUAUUAAAUAUUUACCCUUUUGUUUUGGUUACACCACUUGACAUUUUCAAGGGAAAUCCAACACUCAUUUUGUAAAAAAAGGUUUAAAUGCUAUUCGAAAUUAUACGAAACCAACAGAGAUACAAAAUUUACAUGUUUGCAAACCUAAUCCAAACUUUUAAAACAAUUUAUUAAAACAUUUUUGAAUUACUCAUGAUGCAAACCCUUAUGUGUCACUGACGCAUACAUUGAUUGUUCCCUUUAGUUUCUGCGGGGGAAAGUAUUCACAUUAAGGAGUGUUUAUGUAUUGAUGUGUGUGUGUGUGUGUGUGUGUUUUGGGUGCACACACAUGGGUAUUGGAGCCUAGUGUCGAGCGGAAACACUCCUUUCCUGAGUUUGGGGAAAAGGAAGGAAGCCAUCUCCAGUAACCAUCACAAACACUCACUCUGUAGUACUCCGGCUCCUACAUACAGUAGGUCCAAGAAUAGUCCAUGACUUCUGCACAUGAACACACCCACCUUGCAGUGCCUGUCUAUUAUUUUUAAAUUCACAUCACCCUUGGAUUAUGGGAUGACCACUAUGACUAACAUCAGCGCCACUCAAAAUAUUUCUGGUGUAGGCUGCCUGUGGAAUAUUUGGAAAAUAGCAACUGUCUCUUAUAAUUUCCUCCUUGCAGUGGAUUGCUACAGAGAGAUCCUGCUUUUCUCCGACCCACCCCUGUAAACAGGAAGCUCACGUGGGAGUCGCACCCAUCUCCCUGCUUCCUCUGCCGUGCGUUCUCAUAGCCAGACAGAAGCAUUAGCCUCCAUGCAGUCAUCCCACGUCCAUGUGAGAUGGCUGUAGAGGGUGACAUAUACUGGAGGAGCUUUCAAACUUCUCUCACCACUAAAGCAGCCCACUCAAUCUGUCUGUCUGUAUUGUUCUCCCUCUGCAGCGUCUCUCCCUCUUUUUAGUCUAUCAACAUUCAAUGGGGGGCAAUUAGAUGGAUUCACAUAUGGAGAUGGUUAAUCACUGUCACUAUGUCAGUGUGUGUGUCUUUUAGUGUGUGUGUGUGGGUAGAUGUGAGCAAGGCAAAGAGUAGGUGGAGUAGGAGUAGUUAGUGUGUGCGUGUUUGUGCAUAUGCUUGUGUGGGAGAGAGCACAUUUUGACAAAAGGCCUAAAAAUAGUAGGAAUAUGCCCAUGUGACAUAUUGAGGCUAAAAGCUCGUGAAUAAUUUGUCUAAUGCAACACAGACCCCCCUUUCCCGGGCGAGAUCACGAAAAUGUGCGCCUGCUGGUUACCUCUGCCAGCCAGCCAGGUUAGAAAGGGGUUACCAGUCUGUUCAGUUUCACUAUUGGUUUAAUAUCACAUGAGGAAGUUAAGCGGGUGAUGGCUCCUGGCUGACCUGGGUUCAGAAAUUAAAAUAAGAUAAUUUUUCUAAACUACAAAUCCAAAUUGAGUAAUUUUGGUUGGUUUUAGGAACUUGGUAGUGUUUCCCUUUAAAUUUUAAACCCUCUGACAGCUCCACUAUCUCACCCUUCUCUGUGUUUGCUCUUAAAGUAAUCUCAAGCCCCCAGUUUAGCACACUUAUCUGACCCACUCAUUUUAAAGCGAAAACGAAAGCCGGCGCUUGUUUUGUUUGUCCACUGCCUUGUAAAACUUUCUGUGUCAGUGCAAUUGUGUUUUUUGUCCUUUGCACUCUGUACCAAGGUCUUGUUUUGCCUGACCUACUGUACCUUCCAUCAGCGAGGAAGUCGGUCCGUGAAAUGACACCAUACUCUUCGGAAAUUAUGAUCCAAACUGUGAAAGUGGGACCAAAGUUGUCAAAAACAACCUUGCGGCAAUUUUCUCCACUUUCUUCUUCUCUCUUUCAUCUUUCUCCAAAGAAUAUCCCUCAAAAAAGUUUGGCAUAUCACAGCCAUCCAGCUCUUACACUACACACACACAAGUGUACACACAUCCUCAUAAUAAUACAAACACUCAGCGAUUCAAUAGUGUUUCAUUCGGAGUGGAUGGUAAUGAUGACCCUUUAAAGAGAGAUAAAACCUGCAGUCGUGAUCACUCCCUCCUCACUCCACUUGUUACCAGAGUGCAAUUAAGUGAAAGAGUAGAUCAACUGUGAAGGGGAGGGGGUGCAGGGGAGAUAGGGGAAAGUUUGAAAGCUGAAAAACAACAUAAAAAAAAAAACCUUUAAACAAGUCUCUUCCUAUUCUAGGAAAUUGCCAAACUUGGGAUUUCAUCAAAUUCCUAAACCUUUAAAUACACUUUAAGGACACCAUAUUACAGACGUCUUUCAUAUCCCGAUAGCUCAUUAAAACAUAUUUAUCCAUAUUAAUCCCAAAUGCAUGAUUGCCAGCUUUUGAUUACUGCUGUGAAGCCGAGGCAGACUGCCAGUGCACAGAGAGAAAUGAUUAAAAGGAAAUGUGCUUACGUUACAUAAAAAGUCAUUUACAUUAUAGUUUGAUAGCUUCAAAGCUUUGUGCACAGUGUGAGCUGCAUUUGCCAUUGUGGGAUCAAAUUUAAGUUGCAACCGCCUUGAGACAGAUCCAUUAAUAGUCCUUCACUUGAAUUGAGAAAAUUGUGCAUCUUUCUGACAGAAUCCCUUGGAUGUGUUUGGAAAUAAACGGAUGUUACAUUUAUUUUUGUUCAUUUUGCAAGAACAACAAGUGUCAUUUGGAGUUUGCUAUGUACACUGUUGCAUCUGUGCUUUUUUAAUCUGCAACGUUGCGCUAUACUUUGGUUUGUAAUAUUAAAGUCCCAAUUUACAGUGUUCUCAGUGGUCUUUAAAUUGUUGUUAUGAAGUUUUCAGCAAAAAUCACGUUACCUGAGUCAUUUCCAAAGGAUUUCCUUCUGCAGAGCUCCAGUAGCUCAUUAGCAAAUUUGCCUCUGAGUCGUGGAUGGAGACAGUGCUGCUCUUCUCACUCUUCAGCCUACCAUUGUCGGUUUCGUAGGAGUUGCAAGUAACAUAGGAGCUAUUCAACUCUCAGACACUAAUGUCUUUGGGGGCAUGAUAAAAGCUAAUAUCAUGAUUAGCUUUCUUACGAAGAUUGCAAUCUGCUAACACACACACUUAUUCCGCGAUCAUCCUCUACUUGUCCAAGUGUGGCCUGCAUAGUGGGGCUCUGGGGGCGGAGCUUGGAGUUAUGACAUAGGAAAUCUAUCUGCUAUUUGGGUCUGUUAGGAGUUCACAGCGAUUUGAAUGCUGAAAUACUCAGAAAUGCAAUUUUGUGCUUAGUUUUCUCAUGAUAUGUCCUGUAGCAUCAGGCAAAAGACCAUAUGAACAUGUAAAAACAAGAAAAACACGAUUUAUUUGUCAUCAGAGUGGGUCUUUAAGUUUGUAAGUUUAACAGCUGUUCAAAGGUUGUUAUUCCUCAGUCUGUGUUGUCUCCUCUGUUGUACUACACAAAGACAGCCCUCGAUUUUGUCAAACAUGACUCAUAAUCAACAUUUAACAAUAGUGUGUUAUGCUACACACUCAGCUUUUAGUCAAAGCAAAUAUCCUUUUGCAAACUAGGCUAUUGAUUCUGCUGUGAACACAAGACCAGCCUGCAGCACAGAGGAAAGGUCAGCGCUCAGUGGCUGUGCUAUUUUUUUCCCUUUUUUUUAGAUAUGAUCGUCACUUCGUUGAAAAGUCUGCCUCUUGCUAGAGGUGAAUCCAGUUCAGUGUAUCUUCAUGGCGGUCAUUUGAAUAAAAUAUAUAUGCAUGCAUUGCCAUGACCUCAGGUUUGGUCACAUCAGAAUAUGAUUAAAUUCUGCUGAGUGUGUUGGACGAGAGAAGCGUGCUGCAGAGUACUCCACUGUGUUCGACUACAGUUGGCAUGUGAGAGACCUUAAUUAUUUAAAGCCAUGGAGGCAUUUGUGAGUUCACACUUGCUUACCCUACUGAAUUCUGCUUCCUCUGUUUAACUCACCUCCACCUCCCUGCUGCUCCAUUCUGGAGUCAAGUGUUAAAGAUGCGCUGCGAGACGGAUACAGCUAGGCUACAGGAGGCCACAGGAUGUGAGGCAUUUUCUGAGGCCAUCUGUCACUUCAAGUGGAAAAGUUCCUUAACCAUGCCAUAAAUAUGGAGGAAAAAACAUGGAGGCUAAACCUAAACCAUAACUGUAGAUAGCAUAGAGAAACUGGAAGCUGAGAAAAACAAGAGGAAGGACAGGGCUUUCCAACUGUGGGGAGUUUUCUGUGGAGGUGUUAGUCGACAGAAAGCAGGUGGAUGUUUAGACAGUAUGAUAAGACUACCUAGCUGACAGGACGCCUGAUAAGCAGCUUGACUGUCAGGUUUGGCAGGCUGGCUGUGAGGCGAGGGAACAGGGUAUGGAGGAGAGCUGGACAGAUGGGUAAAGCUGAGCUCAAACUUUAGCAGAGGUCCACCUGAUACUGAAACUGAGACUCUUAUUAUAAUGUAUAGCUGCAGUGAGAGCAAACCCAGACUCUUCAACCUCUCGGCUGACAGUGUGUUGAGCUCUUGUGCUGACUUGCUUUAUAACAGUAUUGUGUUGAAAGCUCUUCUCCUAACCACUGUGGGUAUGUCGCUCCCUUUGUGGCAUUAUUUAUAUGGUUGCCAGCUUGCAGAGAUUUGUUUUGAACCAUGCUUGCAGCUGUGCAGACUAAAAUAUCUGUUCAUUUAUUGUUGUAAACUUGUGUGCAGACAUUCAUUUUCUUAAGAUGGCAAAGGAGUGUCUUUGGAGCCCAUUAGUCUGAAUUCAGCACCACUAGUAGUAGGUCAGCGCUUUCUCUAAUCCACAAUUAGAUUAAUCCUCAUAUGUUUUUAUUGUUCCCUGAUGAUAUAUCCUGAUGAAACCCUCAGAUUAUUUUUGUUGUUUGAGUGUCAUGAAAAGUUGUGUCAAAGUUUCAAACAAUGUUAACUAGGGUUGAGAGAAAAAAAACGAUACAGGAUAGUAUUGCGAUAUUUUGUCUGGUGAUAUAUCGUAUCGUCUCAUUUACCAAGUAUCGAUAUUUCACAUUAAUUGUUAAGAUGAAAUCUAAUCUAUGAUAGUGGAAAGUUAUUUUAGCGCUUGCCUUGUCCUUGCUUACAUUUGGACAAGGCAAGCACUAAAAUAACUUUUGUAGAUGUAGCCAUCUUGUUUCAGGCGUCUGAUUUUGCUUUUUUCUGACUUGGUAACUGAAACACUGGGAACUCAGGUGUGACAUCAUUUUCAGCUCCGACAUCUGACUUCCCAGGUUACUCGAACCUGGGAUACUAUAAUCCUAAAUAAUGAGAGCGGUAAACGGUAAACCUGCUGGAUUAGAGUUGUCCUUGUAGCUGUGCUGUGAUUAACAUUUAAAGACUGUUGUCUUAUACCCUUUCACUAAAAGUAUAUUCUUUCUUUUUCUGCUGUUGUUUGCUCAUCCAUUUACAAAACUUACCAAAUAAUUGAACAGAGCUGUGUUGAGGUCAGAGCCUAAGUGCUAACUAGGCAAAAUCUCUGUCUUUGCUUCAGGGAAGCCCCAAAGCAUCGAGAGCUCGGAGCGGGUCCAGCUGUCAGGGACAUACAACGUUCGGAAAGGGAAGCUCCAGCUACCGGUGAACCGCUGGACCAGACGGCAGGUCAUCCUGUGCGGCACCUGCCUCAUCGUCUCCUCUGUGAAGGAGAGCCAGACGGGGAAGAUGCACAUCCUGCCGCUCAUUGGAGGAAAAGUAGGUGUAACACACAGCACUGGAGGGCAGGCCUGGCAUCAUGUGAUGUUUCUUUUUCCUCUCCCUGUCCUUUUAUGGUGUUGCGUGAUAAAUGCUUUGGAUCAUAAACUCAUAAACGCCUGAUAAAGUCACUCUGAUAACCCUCUGCAAAGACUCUCUGUGCGGUGAAGUUUGUCCUCGAUGACACUUCACCUUCAGCUACUGUUUGUCCUUCAGCGUGACAUCCAGCUUUGCUCAUGUUAGCACAAGGUGACAGAGAAACAGUGCGGGCUGAGUUUUUAAUAGUUUUCAGUAAUCUGCAGGGAUGUUUACUUCUGUUUUUAGCUCUGGGUCAAGAGGCGCUUUAGUGCUAAAGGAAAUAUGACCUUUAUCCUUUAUGGAUAUGUGUUCCUGACACACCAAGGAAUAAGCACGAAUAAGUCUCCUGACAAAAGAGAUACUCCGUGACCUGCCAAACCCACUUUACAAACAUUUCCACACAGUGCGUGACCUCCAGUCAACCAUUCAUGCACACUCUGCUUCUGCAUGUGCCUGUGUGAGGUGAUCUUGAGUGCAUGCGUGCCAGAAUCUGUUCAUAUACCAUAACUAGUCAGGCAUUCAUUCACAGAGAACACGUACAAGUAUGUGUGUAAGUGUGUAUGUGUAUGUGUGACUAAAACACAGUUUCUUCUACAGGUGUUCAUCAUUUCUACCGAGCUUCUCUGUCUGUGUUUCAUAAUUCUUCACCUCCACUCCACAUGCAUGCAUGGGGGUUAUAUUGUUUAUAUAUCCAAAUGGGGGUCAGAGAUAGGGGAGAGUGGGGUAAGUUGAGCCACCCUCUGUUGCUUGGAAAUGGUAAAAGAAAUUGAUCAUGUGACCAAAUAUUUAGGAGAUGGGCAUCAAUUCAUGGAGUCUGUGAAGGUUAGAAGAACAUGGGUGAAGGGGUUAGACAUUUAUUUACAAAAAAACAUUUUUUACUCUUGAAAGUGAAUUUAGUCUGUCAUAAGUUUUAUUAGAAUUGUGUUCAGACCAAAAAAGAUCAUUUUAAAUUUGUUUUCUACAUCAUUUGUGGUAUCUAUGAGCUACAACAUGAGGUCAAAAACCUCACAUAAAAGUCCACCAUUUUGGCUUAGAGGACUAAUAAAGUCAUAAUAGUAGUUCAGGGGUAAGUUGAGCCAGUGACUCAACUGAGAAAGUAAAGAUGUCUGAUGAGAGGAUCAGAGUUUCAGUUCAGCUGUGAAUGCUCUGAAUCACUUAAAUCAAUCAGUCUUUAUUUAUAUAGCACUUUCAUACACAACCAUGUAGCACAAAGUGCUUCACACAGAAAAAGGAAUAAAGGAAACAAAGAAUAUCCAAAUCUACCCCAGCCCAACCCCUCAUUCCCACCCCAUGAUCUAAAUGCAACAGAAACAGUAUUCAAAUGCAUAAACUUAAAAAGGGCUUGAUUUUGUGGAAACAGGAAUGUGUGCACUGAGGAAACGUCAUUUUAAAACUCAAGCUAAGGAAACACUGGAGGUUUGAAAAUUUAAGAAAUAAUAAAUAAAAUGAAGUAAAAACAACAGUAAAAGAUACUAAAAUAAGAGCACCAAAAUAGCUCAAUAAAAGACGAUCCUGCCAUUAAAACUAGAAUAGAUAAAUGCUAAAACACUUCAACAAAGUUAAUGAUAUAAAAUUUUGUUAAAAGCAAGACUAAAAAGGUCUGUUCUCAGUUUGGUUUUAAAAUCAUUAAGAUUAGGUGCAGUCCUCAGGUCUUCAGGUAAGCUGUUCCAUAAACGGGGGCCAUAGUAAUAAAAAGAUGCCUCACCGUAUGUUUUAGUUUUAACUUCAGGUAAUGUUAACAGAGAACUCUCUGAAGACCUAAGGGCUCGACCUGGCUCAUAAGGUAAAAGAAGGUAAAAGAAGAUCAGAAAGAUUUGGGUAUUCUUUCAUAAAGACAUUCUCAUGUUAAAAUGACUUUGUACAAAACAGCUUUUCAGCAGUUAUAUGCAAUAAUAAUAAAAAGACUGAUUGUACCAGUUGAAUAGUGAAUAAUAGAUAAAAAUACACAUGAAUGUGAGGAAGUGACUGUUAUUUAGUGAGAGAGAAGGUGAGGGAGGGCUGGGGUGGUAAGUGGGGGGUAGUAGGGAUGCGGCUCAACCUACCCCGCUCAACUUAAACCACUUUUUUUGGCAUGCUAUAUUAUCAAGACAGUUAUGUUUACACUCAUUCUGUUGGUUUGCAGGGGUUAACAACAUCUUGAAAUAUAUGCAGAUACACUAGUUAGACACAAAACUGUGAUUGCCUUGAUGUAGUGAUCCACAAUAUGAAAAAUGGCUCAUCUUACCCCACUCUCCCCCAUGACUACUUCAGACAGUAACGUCCCUUUUGUGUGUCUUGCUGCAGGUGGAGGAGGUGAAGAAGCACAACCACUGCUUGGCCUUCAGCUCAGCAGGGCCUCAGAGUCAAACCUACUACGUCAGCUUUGACAGCUUCACGGAGCACCUGCGCUGGCACAGACACGCUGCCAAGGUAAGACUGUGCAUGUGCAUGAGGGCAGGGGAAACAAAAGGAGAGGAUAAGCAUAUGCUCCCGGGGCAUCGCUCACGGGUCAGCUGCGUUGUAUAUCAGAACAUGCCUGACUGCAAGCUGAAGUAUGAAAAUAUGGCUCGGCGCCCGCCGCAGCCUGAGUGGAUUGAAAACAGCGCAUAUUUCACUGCUGUCCACUCUGUAGUAUAUAAACAUGUACGUGUGCCUGGCUGCACUCACACAUAUAAACACCGCUCAUAGCUCUCUCUCUCUCUCUCCCUUCCUCUCUCUCAUUUGAACUCAAGUAGGCCAUAGCCAGAAAACCUCUUUACUAAAUAUUAACAGGGACGUGCAUGUCACCCGCACCCAGAGGGCCACUCAGAAUAGAAGCCUGGAUAGAAGCAGCACGUGCCGCAGUGACAAAGGCUCCUCCAGCUAACUCCGCUCUGAAAAGAUUUUCCCCCCGUACACCGACGUUAAUGCUAUCAUGUCAUUUAAGAUGCUAACAUGAAUUUGACGAGCAAAUCAUCGCCAGGUUAACUGCUCUGCACACCCUGCAGUUAGCUCCAUUACACAAUGAUGUAACGUGAGAUGUUAAGUCACUAACCUGUAGGACUUUCCCUUGACUACUCCAUAAUCCUAAGAAGAUUGGCCACUGAAUGACAUUUGACCAGCUAGCAUCAGGCUACACACACCCACAGCUAACUAGUGUAGUCAUGUGCCUUAAAGAUAAUCCUAUUAAACUCCACGUUUCUCUCUAUCUGCAUCCUCUCCUCACUUUUACUCCCUCAGAUGGUGUCCCAGAGGAUCAACUCUGUGGAUCUGUCCUGCUGUAGCCUGGAGCAGCUUCCUCCCAACCUUUUCUACAGCCAGGACCUCACCCACCUCAACCUCAAACACAACUUCCUGCCUGCAGACCAGCGGUUGCAGCAGCUGCAGAGGUACAAGGGCACUGUAAACCUACAGUAAACAUACCUGGGGAUAAACGUAAAAAAGGACGUGGGAGGAGGAAGCCAGAGAUUACAAAGGGAUGGACGGGCUUGAGUCGAGGAGACGUUUCAGGGCAGUUUGAAAGGGCUCAGUCGGGCAAGAUGAGGCUUGAAGAGGUUUUAGCAAAGCUUAGCAUAAUUUGGGCACAACAGGAGCUGUUGUACAGGGAGGGCAGAGACGAGACACUUGCACUGUGAGGCUUCACUGGACACAGCGGGCCAUGGCUGGCUGCUUUGGACAGCUUUAGAUUUCACCGGCAAUUUGCAAGCAAUCGACCUGAGCAGUCUAGGACCGAGGCCAUGAGCGCACAGGGUCCAAAGAGGCUAGCCAGGGCUGUGCUGCACCAGGCCAGGCCAAACGAGCCCAGAGCCCAGAGGGGUAGAUACGUCUGCAGGGAAGCUUUUAAUGUGCCUGGCCUCCCUCACUCUCUCUCUCUGUGGGCACCAUCUGCUGCAUGCUUAUCAUGCUCCCAGAUUAAAGCCCACAGCCAAGACGUAUGUGUGUGUUCCUCUACGUGUGUGUGUGUGUGAGUUGUGCAUUCACAUGUAUUUGUAUCCAUACGCACAGUGGUGCAUGUGCACUCCUGUCACAGCCUUUCUUUCUGAAGAUUACCGCUCCAUGUUUCGAACCAUUUAUGCAAGUGAACUGUGUGAAUUCGAUGCUUUGGUAUGUGCCAGUAGUGUCUGCAGAAUAAAGUGUCUAUGUGUGUGUGUACGUGUGAGAGAGAGUUGCUUGCUUGUGUGCUACAGAGAGAGUGUCUUCAGGCUACAGAUUUAGGGUCAGUGCAUACAAAGCCUUGAUACAGUAUGGCAUUCCUGUUUUAAAAAUGACUGCACUGACUGGAAUGUGUAUUUGUUGCGCACAUGUACAAUCUUGCAUAUUUGCGUGUCUUUCAGGGAGAAAACCAUAAAUGAGUAAGAGGUUAGGUUUUUAUAUUACCCUAUCUCUGAGUCACUGACGGAUUUUUACAAGUUUUUCAAAUCAAAACUGGAGUCAACAAUGCUGGGGAAAUACCUCAUUUUGAAAUCUGAGGGAGUGAUGCACAGCUCCCCUGCUGGUCGAGCGAGAUAACAUCCCUCUUGCUCUGCCAAACCUAAGUAGGCUCAUCCGCAUUUGACCCAGCAUGAGAGAAAAAGAGGUCAGUAAUGAGAAAGAGAUGAAUAGUUAGCUGAAAAUAGAGGCGUUUUGACAGAAAUGUGUAGCAGAGUUACUUGAGUACUCACUUUCCCCCUGAGACACUACAGUGAAAGACCUGCAGUUGUGAACAAUGAUAAUUUGUGCACAGCCUCAGUGAAUGUGGGUGUGUGUGUGUGUGUGUUUUGAUGUGGACAGUUGUGCGAGGGUCUGUUUGGGUUGCAGUAUAAACACUGGCGCUCUCUGACAUCUAGCACGGGGUCAGGGUGCUUCGUAUUUUUCCAAGAGGACUAGAAUGUGUGAACCUGACACAUGCCUCUCUCUCUCUCUCUCUCUCUCUCUCUCUCUCUCUCUCUCUCUCUCUCUCUCUCUCUCUCUCUCUCUCUCUCUCUCUCUGUGGCCAAAUGCUAACUGGUGGGUGAUUUGCCAAUCAGAUAUGCAUAAUCAGUUGUCUGGGAUACUAGCUCUAUCCUCUGGCAUGGGAUUUUCUUCCCAGCAUGCAUCUCUCUCGCAAGACAGAGGUGCUCACUAUGGGGGAUAUUUAAUGCUCCAUGCAUAUGACUGAACCUUUUGGCCUAUUUAUUUUCAUAUGGAUACGACAGCUAAGCAAGUUAUGAAGGACAUUAAAGUUAUGAAAAUGAAGGUAGAAAAAAAAAGGGAGGCGGUGGCAUAAACACUAAAUUUGAGAUGUAAGCAGGUAGUCAAGGCCAACCAUGAAGGAUAAAGUCAUAUUAGCCCACUUCACUUCUUUGGUGGAAGUGAAAGAAGCUAAAACUGUAACAUAGAUGUGAGAAAUGUUUGCGAGCGGUUACUUAUUUACUCAUCCAGCGAACACAAAGGAACUUUUGCGAUUACUUAUUUAGAGUGAUGUGUCUGUUCGCCUCAUAAAAUAAGAAUAUUCAGGAUUUUGGCAUCCCAAAUGGCUCCAAUAUGUGCACAUGGCAGGGUAUCCGCGGGGUCUUGAAACGUCUAAAAUCCAAUCAUUUGAAUUUAAGGCCUUGAAAUUUGUAAAAUUCUCUUAAAAUCUCAUAAAAUGUCUUAAAUGUGAUUUUUGAAAGGUCUUAAAAAUGUGCUAACUCUACUUACAAAUAAAACAGCGUGCCAUAGGAAUAAAGAUUGAUUCGAAGUAAUGUAAAAUGUUCUGAUUUCCCUUCGCAUCUUUUGUACUUUGUUGCCAUGUGGAUGUUAAAUGGUCUGAAAUUGUCUUCAUUACGGUCUUUAAAAAGUCUUAAAUUUGACUUAUUGAAACCUGCAGAGACUCUGACAUGAAUUGAUCGUUGUGGUUCAGAAAGACAUUGAUCAGCAGAUUUGAACCCUCAUUCACAUUGUUUGGACAUUUACACAAAAACAUAAUACUAGCAUGUAAACGUGUUCGACAACUGCUGACUCAUACAGGUGACUCAGCAGCCUGAACUUUCAUUUUCUGUUUUUUAUUUGUUCACCUGACUCGUUUCAGUCAAAUAUUGACUCUUUUCUUUGGUUUGUAACAUGACCGUAGCUCUGUCUGUUAUAUUCCCCUGUUCUAGUAACUGUAUCUUUCAUUUGUUGCUAGGUAGUUAAAAGACGGAAACCAGCUAAUUGUUAUUGUCAAAAUUGUUUCCUUUUAAGUGAUCCCUCGUCUUUUUAUCUUUCGGGGAAAAAAAUCUGAGUUCAGCUUUUAAUGCAUAAGAAGGAAAGUAAAAGAGGAACUAUCAAAAUGGCAUGACGGGACAGCAUGACACAGAGAAGUACAGCUCCGAGGAGGGGGUAUGAGCAUUACUCAGCAGAUUGCAGGGGUUGAUUUAAUGGUUGGAAUGACAUUUUCCUGCACACAACCCCCCUAUCCUCCUUACACACACGCACACACUCACACACACACACCGCCUGGAGUCACCCUCAGCUAGAAUUACUUAGCCAUCCUAAUCAAUAGCCCUGACGUGUCUGUUGCUGUUUUAUCCAUCACCAUGACAAACUGUGUGUCCUGUGUGUGUAGCACAUGUGUGUGUGUACAUCCGAAGGAGAUUUAAGUUGUGCCAGUAAAAGCAGCUGCUUUAGCCUGAUGCUCCAACAUGGCACACUGCCUGUCUCUGGUAUGUCAUGUUUGCUCUCUCUCUCUGUGUGAUAGGUGACAGAAAGGUUGCAUGUGUUUCUGUAUGUGUGUAGAUGUAUAAAUAAAGACUGAGAGAGUCCUUUAUUAAGCUAGGUCCCCCCCUCCCCCUCUUAAGGGACUAACCCCUCUGAAGGUCACCAGCCUGCCAUAGGACACCUCGCCAAAUGCCACUGGUUGUUGUUUGAAUGAACAACAGAGACAUCAAUGCUGCGCUUGUUUGCUCAACAAUCACAUGAUCACAUGUGUAGGUUUAGUCCUGGCGUUAAGGCGGGCUUUGUUUAUGGCUGAUAAAUCUAACACUUAAACAAACUCUCUGUAAGCUAUACUUUGCUACAUUGCCUGCAAAUAUAUCCAUUAAUAUAUUUAUGAAUAUCUCCUACUCUUAAAAUAUUCAUGUUGACAAGAUACAACAUCUCCAAUCACUCGCUCUGCUCUCAUCUCUACCCUCUCCAUCUGGAUUUUCCCCGUACUUUCCCUUCUUCUCAUUAGUCCUUUGCUUCUCCACUCACAGAUUUUCUCGGCUGCGAAGCCUCAACUUAUCCAACAACCACCUUGGUCAGUUCCCCAUGGCCAUCUGUGAUAUCACCACGCUGACGGAGGUCAACCUCAGCUGUAACUACCUGGCCUGUGUCCCCAGCUCUGUGGGAACAAUGACCAAGUAAGUAACCUGAGUAGGGCCCAAGUUUUUGAUAAACUUAGAUGAAUCAAUGGGUAUUAUUCCGUUUAUAAAUUUAAUUGCAUACUCAUCUGUCUCAAACCUUUAGUUACACAUUCUUUGUCCUGUUACUUAAGCUUUUAUGAGCUGAUUUGUUGCAAAGAAUCCAGUUUUCCACUUCGUCUUCGGCUUUUUCAUACACAAACUUGACGGAUUAUCUCACAUUUUCCUUAAAGACCUAUAAUUUUAUUGAGUUACUGAUGUCCCUUUAAAGACCAAUCAAAUUACACUACAGUCCAGACUGGAUUAUGUCAGAUGGUUCAGAUGGUUUGGAGGUUAUUAGGUUUACCUCAAAGACCAAACCACAGAUUGUUUUUUUAAUUCUAGGACAACAUUUCAAGACGAUAAAAAAACAAUAUUACCAGCCAGAAAAACAUUUUUACUUAUUCUCAUGGGAAUCCUCUGAGCGUUGUAUUUUUGGUUUGACCCUAAUAUCAGCCCUCUUGUCUGUGGAAAAACCUGCAUACUCUUUAGAUUAAUGUCAGCAAAUUGCAAUAAUAUUCAAAAUUAAUUCAGAUCAGGGUCCAAAACAUGAAAAUUCAUGCACUGUGUCAUCUAAUUUAGCCCACUGUGACAGCAGGGAAUACAGAGAUUACAGGAGCCCUUUUGUCAGUGCUGACAUUUGGGUUGCUCUGUGUGCUUCAGAUCUUAUUUGAAACUGAGCAUACAGGUAUGCAGCUUGAAACAUGGCUGGAUGAGACUUUAAUCUGCAGGAAUGAUCUGGUAUGCCUGUAAAUUCCUCAAGUGUCCAGUAGGGCAUUUGUGCUGCUACUGCCAUCUGCUGGACAAUAAAUGUACUGAUUUUGAACAGGUCUCUUAAGGCACAGUAUCACUGAUUGGUUCACUGUGUAGUUAAGAAAAGCCUCAGUUUUUGAAUGCCAGUCUGUGUCAAAAGUUUAAUUUCGCAUGUUUCCUUCAGUUUGCAGACAUUCCUGUUGGACGGUAACAGUCUAGGUGAUCUGCCCAAUGAGCUGGGUUCCCUCCAGAGGCUGAAUUACCUGGGCCUUUCCUUCAACCAGUUCAGCCAUGUGCCUCAGGUGCUGGAGCAGCUGACCACCAUGGAGAAGCUGUGCAUGGCCGGGAACAACUUAGAAAUAUUCACCCUGCAGAACUUCAGACUUCUGAGAGUCAAACACAUCGAUUUAAGGUACAACUCUUCUGGGUAUAAGACUACGAUAGGGUCAUGGUUGAGAACAAGCAUCACUUGAAGUCCUUAGUCAUGCUCAUCCUAUGCAAUGCCCUCCCUGACACAUGUUAUCCCGCUUAUGAUAGAAACAAAAACACAAAGAGGAAACCACAACACAAGCAGACAGCAGGACAGCACGCAGUCAGGAAAUCAUUUGCCUGUCGUAGCUCCAUCAGGUGUCUAACCACUGUUUGCUAAAGCCCAGAACUGCAAUGACUUGCACUAUUUUUCCAGUUAAUACUUCACUCCCUCUGACUUUGCCGAGGCAAGGUCAGUCAAUACAUUCUCCAACCCUCUCACCUGUGUGAGCAAAGACCCCUUGAUGUUUUUAUUUUACCAUCACACUAAAAGAUUUAAUUAGAAAACGUGUCAAGAGAUUUGCUAAAAAAUGAGAUUAUUUAAUCUUUUAGGUUUUUAAUUGAUCAAGCAUGUGGUCUGCAAAAUUGUGGGAAAUGUGCAAACUAAAGAUAACACAUGAAAAAAAAAACGUUUGUCUUUUUAUUAGAAGUCAUAAUUAACAUAUUCCAAUGCAAGUUUUACUAGAUUAUUUGUUAUUGAAUGCCACUGCUGCUUUUUUAAUUAAAGGCUGAUAAACUGAACAAUUGACUGAAUAAUUGUGAUAGAUUUACUGGCUCUUUAACUUUUAAUCCAAAAAAUAAUCCCUGUAUUAUGUUAAAAAAUAGCGCCUUUUUCCUCUAAAACGUUUUGAUUUGCUAGUUUUCUUGUCUCAUCUUCAAAUAAAACGACACUGAUAAAAAUAUUCACAAAGAUACAAUGAUGGAUGUUUUCAUCAAAAGCAAAAUGAUGAACAGAUUUUUAAAAAGUAACAGAAAGAAAAGGAAAAUAUGGAAACAAAGUUUUUAAAUGAGGCACAUUUUUAGUGUAGAGUUUCUUUGUUUUUGAGCUGGUUUCUUUUCUUAACUUUUCUGACAAAGCAGGAUUUUAAUUGCAUUGUAGUAGUUUUCUAUUUGACUGUACAGUGCCCAGCAUAAGUCAGUACUCCCCCUGUUAAAACUAAUGUAUUACUCAAUAUCUAUAAGAGCAAAGUUUUGACAAAGCUGAGUUUAACAUCACAUUUUAUUCACCAUUAGAUGAAAAUAUGGGUGAUACGGUAACUAAAAUUUAGCUCUGCUCCCAGAACUUUGAUUGGGAUGUACUCAUUUUUGCAUCCUGAUUUUAAAUGAAAAAAAUACUUUUUUGUAUGCAACCUAAAAAUCUUGUUUGCAAUUAAUGGCCUAUGUUUUAAGGAGUAUUUUGUUGUGAAGUCUGACAUAGAAAAUGUUGAUUUUGAAAGGAAACUGAAGGUUUUCUGACAACUUUGAAGGGGUGUACUCAUUUAUGCUGAGCACUGUCAGACUUCAAAGGUGUUUUGUCAUUUACCUGCCAAUCAAGACAAGCUGUGAACGGGUAUGAUUGGCUGUUUGCUUUACUGUCAGGAGAUUUCUAAAAACUCAAUGAAGAAUUCAGUGCUGGAUCAUUUCAGAUAUCAUUACUAGGUGACAUAAAAUUCCUCCAAGUGCAACAGAUUCACAGCUCACUUUUCCACAAAGCAGCCAGAACCUACACAAUAUAUCAGCCCUCACCUGAGGCGUGUUCCCUGCUUUACAAGAAAGGCCACAGCCUGUGCAGUUCAACCUUAUCCAAUUGGAGCUGAACCUUUGCCUCCUCCCUGCUCCCCCCUUGUCAGGUUGAAUAAGAUCUCCCGCAUGGUGCCAGAUGAGCCUGACCUGCUGCGGCACGUGACCCAGCUGGAUGUGAGGGAUAACAGGCUGACGGAGCUGGACGCCUCAGUGUUCCCCAGGCUGGAGGUGCUGCACUGCGAGAGGAACCAUAUCACCAGCCUCAAGGCCAAGGGUUGUUUGCUCAAAGGCAUCUACGCCUCCAACAACGGUGGGUUUGACAACAACAGUGUGGUUGAAAGAGAAAGAUCCCCUUACAUUUCUCUCACAUCAGCACAAGCUCACUACUCCUGACACUGAAUCCUUUUCUGCGAAUCUAUACCAUACAUAUACCUCUCAUUUCUCAUCCUUCAAUUCAUCCCAUACCUCUCUCUCUCUCUCUCUCUCUCUCUCUCUCUCUCUCUCUACAAGCAUCCAUCUUCCUCAUCAGUGCCGCAGUACGAUUGUCCCUCUUCAAUCAUACCUCUUUAACUUGUCAUCUCAUCCCCCUCCCUCCACUCCUAUCGCUUCCCUCCAUUUCCCAUCCACCUGCGAUUGUAAUAGAGCGCGUCUGUCCUUGCUGUAGGUUAAUGUGUUUGGAUUUCUCUCCGCAGAGAUACGACAACUCGAUGUCACUCCUGUGCCCUCCAAUCUCAGCUACAUGGACAUCUCGAGGUGAGUUAAAUCCACACACACAGACAAGGCAACACAACUUUGAUUGGAAAAAGUGUAGAGCUUGUUUUUGGCACCUUCUCUGUCCUGGAGAGUAAAAUUGAUAUAAAGUUCUUGCAGCUUCAGAGCCAAAUAUUUUGCGAGCAAAUCUUUGAAAGUGUGUCGAAAUGUCAGAGUUGUUAUCCCUGAACCCUGACAUUUCACCUUUGGCAACCAGAGCAAGUGAAAGCAAGGCUGCUCUCUGAGUUUUAUUAACUUUAGGUUGAUGUUUUUAAUCUUUUAGAAGCUGAGAUUUCAUUUUCUUGAUAAACAGCAUCUGAAAUAUUGCCAAAAAAAAAGAAAAAACAGAACUGAAGAUGCCGCCUCCCACUUUUCCAGAGCAGAACUGUUGGGAAUUCAGAAACAUCCCAGGACAUUUUAUAUUCUAUGUUCGGUAUCUCACUUUACAAACCGCACAUAAUUUAUCAUCCUUGUCUCUGCUCCUGUAGGAACCAUAUGGAGUCCCUGCCUGACUGGCUGUGUGAAGCAAAGAAACUGGAAGUCCUGGACGUGAGCCACAACCUCCUCACUGAGCUCCCUGCGCGGUAAGUCUCUCAGUGGAUGUGUCCCUAAGUCUGUAAAUGGACUACAGUGCUGCAUUAUUCUCCCUGCCCUUUGCCAGCCAGUCAUCUAUCCCCCAUAGAGCCCCAUAAAUCACACAGAUAGCCUGUAACCUCUGUGGCCUGCGUCCAUUCUCUUCCUCUUUAUAUAGCCUCUUAGAAGGUCAGUUCAGAUGCUGCAUCUUCCUCCCGCUGUCUCUGUCUCACACAAGCUGUCACACCUCCUUCCUUCUGCUUCUCUUAUCGUAGUUUUCUGUCUUCUUCUUCUCUCCUCAUUUUGUGCAGAUGUGUUUUUAACUCAUCUGUGAAUUCCAGUUGCCGGCUCCAUGAGAAGUGGUGCUUUUUUUCUAGUCUUGCAUCCCUAUUUUUGUUGCAAUAAGCACCCAUGUCCAUCAAUAUUCUAGUGAAUAGUCAAGUUUGCUUGAGAGGAAGAAUUCAUUUCAUCUGUUUGCUAGUUGUUUUAGCUAUUUACCAAUACCCAACUCUCCCUAUUUCUGUCCAGUUACACAACCUCACCUUUCUACGCCUCUACAGGAACAGACAUGUCUCCAUUUAUUCCACAGUUCUGACCGGGGUAUCCGUGUUUUUCCCUGUGCCGCAGGUUGUUAUGCAGCAACAGUCUGAGGAAGCUGGGUGCAGGACAUAACCAGCUGCAGAAGCUGCCUGAAAGAGUGGAGCGCCCUCUGCUGGAGGUUUUAGACGUACAGCACAAUCAACUUGUGGAGCUGCCCUGCAACCUGUUCCUCAAAUCUGACAGGUAGCAUUAAUCACCAGCUGGAAGUGAUUUGUUGUUUUUAUUAGAUGACGGGCCAGACAUCAGACGGAAAGAUUAAACGUUAGGAAAAUGAAACCAUUUGAAGAUGGAGUAUGGAAAUUAGGAACGAGAUUACAAUCGAGGGAAAGAUUCUCAAGGGCAAAGAUGAAAGUGAAAAAAAACAACCAAUCAGGAUAAAGAGGGGAAGAGGAGGGGGUUUUGAUCAAGGUCAAAAAAUGUGGAAUUCAUGUAGCAAUUAGUUUCUGCAGCAGUCAUGAAUUUGUCCUUUUGUUUUCCACUCAGUUUACGGUGUGUCAAUGCAUCGGCCAAUAAACUGGAGCACCUGCCGCCAUCCAGCCUAUCAGAGGAGAGCCACAGCAUCCUGCAGGAGCUCUACCUGACCAAUAACAGGCUCACAGACAAGUGUGUGCCCAUGCUAACAGGCCACACACACCUACGUGUUUUGCACAUGGCGUACAACCAUCUCCAGACCUUUCCAGCCAGGUAAAUAACACCUUUUUUUUUUUGCUCCUUUCAACAAUUUGUUUUUAAUCGUCAUAUCUUUUAUUAUUGAAUCAUCGUAUAAGAAAUUACAAGCAGGUUUUUAUGUUUAUUUUUGAACAUAUAAUAACACAAACAUAACAAAUAACAAAUUUGGUUUAAUACUUAGCAGUUAAAGUUUUAUGAAGAAAUUGAAUCUGAAUGACUUUAAACAUGUUAUAACUUUGGUAUUUCUGUGUUUAUUGGCCAACUUAUUCAAGGGUGCCAAAAACUCCCUUGAAUGAAAAAUGAUCUGCCGUCACGGACAGAUUUAUGGUCUAAAUAUAAUUAAUUUGAUACAAUAGAAAAUCAAAAAUGCAAAUUAGAAAAUGAUUCAUGAACCGAUUUAAAAGCAUGAAGAGAAUUUUGUGGAUUUCCUGUGUAACACGUGGAGCGUUAUCCUCAAUAUAUUUUCUGUGUUAUUGACUAAUUUAUAAAUCGAUAUGUUCUAAAAUUGCUCAAUGCUUCUCCCUCAUUCUUCAGUAAAAUGGCCAAGCUGGAGGAGCUGGAGGAGGUGGACCUGAGCGGAAACAUGCUGAAGACUGUGCCCACCACCAUCAUGAAUUGCCGGCGAAUGCACACGCUCAUCGCCCACUCCAACUCCAUCGAGGUCUUUCCAGAGGUCAUGCAGCUGAUGGAGAUGAAAGUAAGACAGUAGUAGCAGCAGUAGCGCAUCUCCGCAUCUCUGUGUUUGUCUAUUUACAGUAUAGGUACGAGCCCCUGAUCUCAGAGCUGUGUUUGUUUGUUUGUUUGUUUGUACUCACAUCUCUUCCUGUCUUUUGUCAGUGUGUGGAUCUGAGCUGUAAUGAACUGAGUGAGAUCACCCUGCCGGAGAAUCUGCCUCCCAAGCUUCAGGAACUGGACCUGACCGGAAACCCACGUCUGAAUCUGGACCACAAGACCCUCGAACAACUCAAGUAUGUCAAUUGAUAGAUAUUUAUAGUUAAAGUGGUAACACUUUAUUUGACGUCUAUCUCUUUAACGCUUUAUAAAUAUAUGUGUAACGCAUCAUAAUCACAUUAUAACACUGUAUAACUAUAGCUAUAAACUCUCAUAAAUGAUCAUAAUUUUAUAGAAACAAUCAUAACACAUUAUAAAGCAUUUUAUCAUGACUUAAAAGGUCAGGUAUUAUAAUAUGUUACAACUGUCAACAACUCACUGACAAUGCCCACAUAGAUAAUGCAUUAUACAUAUAUUUAUGAUGUGUUAUAAUUUGCUUAACAACUUGUAUAACUAUCAUUAUAAACACUUGUUAUUUAUCAAAAGGCUUUAUAACAAUAAGCAUAACACCUUAUAAUACCUGACCUUGUAAGUCCUGAUAAAAUGCUUUAUAAUGUGUUGUGAUUAUUGCUAUAAAUCUUUAUGAUCAUUUAUGAGUGUUUAUAACUAUAGUUAUACAGUGCUAUAACGUGAUUAUAACGCAUUAUACAUAUAUUUAUAAUGCGUUAUAGAGAUAGGCAUCAAGUACAGUGUUACGGAUAAAGUGUUUGGGACUAUGACUGCUCUGUUUCUUGAAAAAAAAAUAAAAACACUUAACUUGCCUCUGUUUUUAAAUUCUCAGUGCAGCUAUUUAUUGAUUUUUGAUCAUUUUGUGUUAGAUACUGCUAUAAUUGUCAAGUUUAUUCACACAACUGCCUUUUGUAUCAACCCACUGACCUUUUACUCCAGGAUUAAAGCCGCUCCGCUCCUGUGUCUCGCCUUCGGUGAGAUCAAGUCAUUUUCAUAUGUUUCUUGUUCCUUGUCUUUCAGUAAUAUUCGCUGCUUCCGUAUUGAUCCGCCUCCAACCUUCUCCAAUGAGGCAUCUGGUGGGCCUGCUGUGUGGAGUCAUGGUUACACAGAGGCCUCGGGCGUCAAAAACAAGUAAGUUCAAUUCAGUCAAUGAUGAAAAAAAAGAAAGAAAAAAAAACACCCACCAUCGCACUCGUCCGGUGAGGCUUCACUAAUUCAAACCUCUUGAGGAUUCACAUUGUUAAAGCCGGAUGACUCAAACGGAGGAAGCAUUGAAACAGUGCUUAUUGAAAACAUGAAUCAUGUGUACUCACAUGCCAAAACAACUCGCUGUGAGCUCGGUUGGCGAUUCGACUCUUUUAAUGUGCACGCUAAAGAGCAGAUUGCACAUAUUCUGUCUGCAUUUCCAGGAGAUGUUCAAUCAGCCAGGCUGCUUUGAUGACGCACAUUCAGCUGUGGAGUUGAAUAAAUCACAGAAGGCAUUAUCUCCAUGGUUAUUAGUGUGUGGAGUAGAAUGAUCAAUACAAGAAAAGAGGAGUAAAAUGGCUUUGAAGCCCUCACAGAGUGUGUUUUUUCCCUCCCAGCGUGAAACAGUGAUAGUAUACUUCCUCUUGUUUUUCCUCUGCAGACUCUGUGUCGCAGCUCUGUCGGUGAAUAGUUUCUGUGGGAGUCGAGAGGCUUUGUACGGUGUGUUUGAUGGGGACAGGAACGUCGAAGUGCCCUACCUGUUGCAGUGCACCAUGAAUGACGUGUUGGCUGAGGAAAUCCACAAGACCAAGAGCGAGGAGGAUUACAUGACCAACACCUUCCUCGUCAUGCAGAGGUACGAGACUAAACAAACUCAGAUCUGCACGAUGAGCUGACUGACAGUAGAAUUUUUACAAUCUCUCCUCUCUUCUUCUGCCACCACAGAAAACUGGGAACCGCAGGGCAGAAACUGGGUGGCUCAGCUGCUCUGUGUCACAUCCGCCAUGACCCCACUGACCCUGGCGGCUGCUUCACCCUCACUGCUGCUAAUGUGGGCAAGUGCCAGGCCAUCUUGUGCCGAGACGGGAAGCCUUUGUCGCUGUCACUGCUACAAAAUGUUGGGCUGGAGGAAGAAUACCGCAGGAUCAGGCAGCAUCGGGCUAUCAUAACUGAGGUAGAGAUCCUUCAAUCAUUCACAGCGCACUGAAACCAGUUCUGUUUGUAGGAUGUCAGAUUGAUGUUUGUACCUCUGUCCACAGGACAACAAGGUGAACGGUGUGACCGAUUCUACACGAAUCAUGGGAUACUCCUUCCUCUACCCGUCAGUCAUUCCUUGUCCCUACGUGCAAACAGUCACUCUAACCCCCCAGGAUGAGUUCUUCAUUUUGGGUAGUCGGGGUCUGUGGGAUGCCGUGUCUCCCACAGAGGCUGUGGAGGCUGUAAGAAACGUCCCCGACGGCCUAGCUGCUGCCAAGAAGCUGUGCACGCUGGCGCAGGGCUACGGCUGCACAGAUAGCCUCAGCGCUGUCGUGGUCCAACUCAGUGUGAGUGAAGAUUGCUGCUCAUGUUGCUGCUCAGAGCCUCCCCAGCCUCCUCCCAGCCCCGGAUUGGGCCCCUACCCCCCAUCGUCCUCCGUCAUCAAGGAGCGGCCCUCAGAUGGCUCGCUGCCUGUGCCGCCGUCCUCCUGCAGUGAAAUCAGCAGCGAGAUCAGCACCAGUGAGAUGAGCAGCGAGGUGGGCUCCACAGCCUCGUCUGAUGAGCCACCGCAGAGCUCUCUAGUGCUGCUGCACGAGCAGCCUCACCAUCCUCACCUCCACCUGCACCACCAGGCUCACUCGAUAUCCCUACAGCACCAGCAGGCCCACACAAACACCCAGCCUUGCCAGUACCUGUUUCCAGGUGCAGAGCUGCCUUCUGCCCGCAGCUGCUGUGCCCUCCACCCUGCCUGCUUGGCGGGAUCUUUCCAGAGGCAGCUCUCUAGCGCCACUUUCUCCAGCGCCUUGUCUGACAACGGGCUCGACAGCGAGGAUGAGGAACCCAUCGCCGGGGUUUUCUCUAACGGGAGCCGCGUUGAAGUGGAGGCAGACAUCCACUGCCUCAGAGCAGAGUCUUCCUCCUCCUCCUCUCCAACCCAAACAUCAUUACCCUCCUCCUCUAGUCAGGAGCGUAACCUGCUUACUCUUCCUCCUCCUCCUCCUCCUCCUCCACCAUGCACACCAGAGCCCCUGGAGGAGGGCAUCGACAUGAGCCUAGGUGAGGCUGAAAAUGGGAUGGAUAGGGAUGAAUCGUGGCAGGGAGUUGGCGCCGCAGGUGGGGAAGGAGGAAAGUUAACCAGCAAGAGGAGGAUCAACGGGUCAGUGGCGCAGCAGGAAAAGAGUCACAACCUUAUCGAGGUGGCUGCUGAUGCUCCAUCCAAGAAGUCAGGGGGUUACUUUACAGCUCCAGCCCAGCCUGACCCCGAUGAUCAGUUCAUCAUCCCCCCUGAGCUGGAGGAAGAGGUGAAGGAAAUCAUGAAGCAGCAUCAGCAAAAACAGCAGAAGCCACCAGGAAGUGAUCAGCCCACUGACUACUACGACACCCCUCUCUGAACAAGACCACCACCACCAACACCAACAACUACAGCCUCAUCUCCUUCCUAACUGCAGCGUGCACAGGAGCCCUAACGAAUUCCCCUCUGCAGUCACAAACACAUACGUUUCUUCAGGAUGGCUGCAAGAACGCACAUGAAGAAGUUCGAUCAUAGUUUUUUUUCUAAAUGGCCUCCCCUGCUCUACAGCAGCAGCCUCAUCUUCGAAGAACCAUGUACUGUAACCUGCUCCGACCAUUUUUACCCAACAACCCUUAGAAUGAAACAAGCAAAUGAGCCCUUUAAUGAAACUGAACCCUCUUUUCAAAGCCUGUGGACGCAGCUCCACGGCUGUGCCCUCCUUCACAGACUUUGGACACACAGACUUAUUUUUACAUUAGACAACCAGCUGAGUAUGUAAUCAACACUUGUCUCUUUGCAAUAGCAUUAGCUCGCCACAACACUUGUUAAUAUGGAUAACAAUUCCAUGGUUGGUUUGUUUGUUUGUUUUGUAAAAACUUACCAUAUCUUUUAAUGUGAAAGCAGUGAAGUUGCUGAAAGAACUUUUUAAAAACAGAGACACAUAAUCUUUUUAUUAUCAGUGAACUAUGUCGAAUGGUACACCAGUAAUACCACACUUAACUGUUGUAGAUAGGGCACUUAAAAAUACUGUAUUUCUUCAGUAAAUCAUGGCUCUUGGCCUGUAAAAUGGCAUAGAAAUUUUUUGUAGAAAUUUUGAAUACUAACUCCUAGGAGUUGCAUACUCUUUAUGGUGACUCAGUCACUUUUACUAAUCUUCUCUGAGAGAAAUGGUGAUUUUUUUUCCCAAUGAUUGUAAAUAAGAGAAAUGUUGUAUACUGAUGCUUUUAAAGGAACUGCGUACCUGUAUGUCGGUGGAGGUUUUAAAGGUGGGAAGGAUUUUUGGUUCGCUAAGAGUUUGCUGUUAUGGAGGUGUCACCCCCUUUUCCCUUUUUAUCUUUCAAAGUAGAUCCACAAAUUUCCCACAAACACACACACAUACACACACACACAUUUACACACAAACAUACAAAUGUAUAUGUGCAAUUGCAGGUCAGAAAACCCAACAUUCCAUGCAAAAGUACUACACAAAGUUGCUAUGGUUUGCUCCACUUUGUUUGAUUGUGAUGUCCUGUAGUCAUCACUGUAUCUUAUGAACACUAACAGGCAGAUCUUUGCAUGCACAGACACACAAAUACACAAACAUGGACACUGACACUAAAUAUUAGUCCCACCUUCCUCCUGCAGUAACUGUUAUCACCGGCAUGACUGUGUCAAGUUCAGUAAUACAAACAAAUAUAUCCACAUGGAAAAGAGACAACACAGAUGUUCCUGUCUUUGGUAUAAUAAAUUUUAAAUUUGUGAAUAUAAG